AUGAAUCUUAUUCGCUCAUGCCUUGGAACAAUACGGGAUAAAAUUUGGGACCCGGCUGAACGACAUAAGCGUCGACUGAAGGCUGUUUCGGUCGAACCGACACCCAUUGCAAUAUUUCCCGCUGUUUAUGCAAAUAAAUUAGCCAACGGAAUUUUAAAAUAUGAAUUCGAAGUAAGUUCUAUACCUUUAACUUAGAAAGUAGCAAAACGUUUACAAAACUAUUAUUUUCAACUAGCUUCUGAUAUCUAGGACAAACUUUUAACACUGCAUUUGUUAACCAGCGAUUUAAAAGCGAAAUCCGUUUAUUUAGUUUAAUCCGGGCCGUCCCUUUUAAAUAAUCAAUAUCGGGACGGCUGGAGAUUGAAAAGAUUAAGGGGUUGAGGGCUUUAUUUUGUUUCAUUUUCAGCUGAAAUAUUUACUGUUUGAUUAAAGGUUAUUAAAACAACAUAAACAAAAUCAGGUUACCCCUUAUUUGCUGCACGCAGUAGAUGUCCCCUUGAUCAUAUAUAUGUAUAAAAUUGUAAGCUCUUUCGCCAAUUUUCAUUAUUUUUGUGUACCACCUUACUACGCGUUCCGCAUGUAUCUCUGCUCAAUGUAUGACUUAUUUUUUUCCCGGUGUUUCAGGUUGUAUCAAAUGGACAUGCAAUCAAAACGUUUAGUGAAGCAUCCUUCAUGGAAGAGAAUGUGAAAAAGAAUCAAACUCAGAAUGUUGUCCCGUGUAAGUUGUGGUAUUUGGGACAUGACAGUCGGUUGGCAUCAGAUUUUUCCGAGCAAUUUAGGUCAAGCUUUUGACGGAGAAGUAACUGGUCUUUAUUUUUUUCAUAGCCAUCAGUUUGUUUAAAGUCACCUGUCGAUUACAGUACCAUUAGCUUUAAAGUCCUCCGAAGAACAAUAAAAGCCUUAUUUACAAUUAAUUUGGCAGUAGAUUAGGCGAUUCUAAAUUCCAGUUUUAAUAAGUCAGUGGUCUUGCAAUCGUCAGAAAAAUACAUACCUCACAAGCGACUUAGAAACAAAUAGAACUUUAAUUAAAGGUGCAGGGAAAUUUACUGGCUGCAUUUGAGUCAUUUUUUUGUCAUCAGUAGGCCAGAGAAAAAUGUCCAUUUGACGAACCUCAGGCUAACUUGAGAAAAGGCCUUCGGUUAAUGGUUACGCCAUUCAAAACGUUUCAGUUUUAAAACGACAGUUUUGUCCAUUAUGUCUCCUGUAUAAACAGUCUUUUUACACGUGACUGCCUACGGGGCCUUCCAAAGCAAUAUUAAUUUUGUCCAGCUGCAUCGGGAAGUGACUUGGGUGGUUGAAGAUAAUCACUUAAUGUUUGUAUCUAAACAGUUAGUGCUAACGUACCACUAUUUAUUAACCAAACAUAUGCGUUUCUGCAAAAAGUCAGGUGAGCACGAAAAAAUCACCAACAAAAGAGCUGUACUUUAUGCAUGCAUUUUAGACCCAGAAAACUGCGUACUUCUUGCGGCCAUUGAUGAUGAUGAGUCCACAACCUAUAUUAACGCCAGCUGGGUCGACGUAAGUUUUUGAAUUUUGUCGAAAAUUUUGAUGCUUCGAUUGCCAUAAAAAUGCCGUAGAAAGUGUGCGCGUUAAUCCAUAUGAAAAUCUUGCUUUAAAACACAAAAUACUGCAGACUACUGAAGAUUUCAAUAAAGAUCAAUGGUUUGAAUCUUUCCAAAAAUUUUGCAAAAUUUAGCAUGAGUAAAAAGUGCAACACAGUCAACGACUAGUCUAUUUUAAAUUACGCCUGUUAAUAAAAAAGGCCGGAUGCAAAUUCUGGUCAGUUAUAAGUCGGGCAGAUAUUUUCGUAAAACAAAAGACCUACUUCUCAGAAAACUGCGUACAUUUAAAAUUAGCCUAAAAUUCUUGCUUGGUCCCUGGUUAAUUUAUGCAGCCAAGGGAUUUAAAGUUUUAUUCUCAGUAACCUUCUUGUGAAUAACCUUUUAACUAUUUAAUCCUACUUCGAUUGCUGAGAGUUUAAUUUUCAGCUUCUAUCUCAGGCAUUUAACAAUUUUUUUAAUUUUCCUGAUGCAGCAAUUGCAUGUAGUUUGGUCUAUAUUUAAAUUCAGCGCUUUUUUGAACAUAGGGUCAGGAUGAGAGGAAGAAGUACAUCGCAACGCAGGGUCCAAAUGUAAAGACAAUUUCGGAUUUCUGGAGGAUGGUCUGGCAGUAUAACUGCCAGUGCAUUGUAAUGGUCACAAGCCUUUUUGAGCAUGCAAGAGUACGUUCCACUUUCACCUAAGUCAUUUAGCCGAUUAGUUUUUGAUACUUAUAUUCGUCUUCCUUUGCCAAUACGUGUGUAAAAGUACACCAGACAUAAGCAAUCUAAGCAGUAUUUACAAAAAUCGUCGCACGGAAAGACCAGCAUCACCAUAACGCGCAUCAUUAUUCUAAUUUGAUAACAAAUUAGAUCUUUUUUAAAUUUAAUACUUGAAGAAAAAUUAACUAUUUGGGUUGUGUAAGCUUCUUAAUUACAUAAUUUUUGAGGAUCGGCAAUGUACACUCAAAAACGCUGUGUCUCCGUAUUUAUUAAUUCUGAUUGUGGAUCAUCCACUAUAGUUCAUAUUCACUGUAAAAGCUUAUAAAACCCAUACCAUUACUUUUGAACAGCGUUCUGAAAAGUAUAAUUUUUAUAUGGGAAGCAUAUGGCUUACAGUCUGAAAUCCUUAAAUGCAUAUGUAACGACAGGUCAGGCUCAAAAAUAUUCAGGAAUUGGAAUGAAUAUUUUAAAACCGGAUUAAAGUCUUCCUUCAAAUACGAAAUAUGAAAGGCCUAAUUUGCCAUCAAACAAGUAUAACAGCGAAUAUUUUAUGCAUGUUCUUUAUAAAAUAUAUUCGCAUACAAAUGUGCAUCCAAAAUUAACGAGAAAAAGUCCUAAAUAUUUAGCGAUCUUUUUUACAGAGUAAAGCUUUCGAGGACGGCUAGAAAGACGCUCGUUCAAAGGCUGACAUCCUGACAUGACUGAAAUAUCUUAUGGUUCUGCUGUGCGAUUAUUAAUGUUGUAGCCAUAACUCACGUUAUCUUUUUAAACCGAAAACACGUUUCUUACGAUAGAAAAUCUACUGUAGGAAACCAGCCACUGGGGCAAAGUUAGUGAGUGUUAAAUGUUUGCAGCUUAAAUGCACCAAAUAAUAGUUUUCCUUUACAACACACUACAGAACGCCGAGUUCUAAACUAGAAUUUUCAGUAAACAGAGGGAGAGACUUAUUAAAAGGACACAGCGUUUGCAAAAAAUGCCCGUUUGUGGAACUAUCGCAUACGUUUUAUGUCAAUUAUUAGCGUGUUCGCAUGAGCAUUCUUUUUAUUCGUCUGCUGUAGCGUGUGUUUUUCUGUUUUCUAAUUCAGCGUUAGCCUCAUUUGACAUGCUAAAAUAAAACCUUAGUAUUUAUGUCUCUUUCUGAUUAUAAUGACGCUGCGUUUACAUUCGACACAAGUGAAUUAUAAACAAAUUAUGGAUAAAUUUACUGUCCAGCAACUAAACUGCAACAAUCAGCAUUUCUUUUUUACAUGAACCUACUCUACUUCCAGAUGAGCAGAUGACUGUCUUUAUAUUACAAUCUGCAACGGUUAACUCCCUAGUGUUUUCUUGUAGCUGUAUUGGUAUUUAAAAAAUUAGCUCAGACGUUCCUUUGUCGGUCUAAAGUGUUACUUUCGUAAAACAUAAAACUAUGUUUUCUUUAAUUGGCUGACCGCAUCUUAAGCUUUCCACGCUUCGUCUGGAAAUACUCAAACGUUGAUCUUAUCCUUUACGCCUAUCACGUUGAUUAUAAAAUUAUUCCCCUGAAAAGAAAUAAGUAUUUAAAUUGGUGAUAUUAAAGACGAUUACAAUGCAUUUUAAAGACGUUUAAUUGCAGAAAAGCUGUUUUAGGCGCAAUAUGCGGCACUACGGAAUGUUUGUAUCAUAGUACAUUAGACCGUAAGAUACGCGUACAGUUUUCAAUAUUUACAGGCCAAUUUUCUGUGACGUAUAUUGUUUGGCAGCUGAUAAGUAAAAUGCUAAAAACAUUUGAAAGCAUCCAAAGCCGUGCACAAUAACGCUUUAUUCCGGAACGUUUUCACUCGCCCGACAACUUUGAGCAGCCAUAUACCUGUGGCGGAUUUAUUAACGUACAAUGCUUAUAUAUUAUGGUAGGUCGUAUUUAUGAACACCGAAUUUAAAGACCGGAUAUUUCCUGUAAGCUUGACUUUGAUUUCCUUCCAUGGCCAGUAUGGGGACACUCAAAUAUUUUACUCGUAUAAGUUGGGAAAUUAAAGUUAGUAUUUACGUUUGCUUGAUUUCUCUGUGAAAUCUACUGUGUCUCUUUUUCUCAUAGACAUUUGUAAUUGAUGAAAUCACUGAUUUGCCCAUGCCCUCCAAAACAUUUUUCCAGCGUCUAAACGAUUUUGGACUUAUAAUUAAUUCUUCGUUUGGAAUGGUAACAUCUGCUUAAAAUAAAAGAAAAUAAGUAUGGUGCGGUGCCCACAUGCCCUAGGAAAUGCAUCGGGUUAAUCUAUAAUACUAACAAGUGAGUGCAGGAAAUAAAUAUUUACGUAGAUACGAUCUAGAGGUGAUGAUAAAAACCACUUGACAGACAAAAUUAACAUUCAUUAGAUUUUCUACUUAAUUCUUCUAAGUUUAUUCGAUUUUAAUCGACAUGAUCGAUCGCCCCAACUAUGGAAUAUGCGAUGACGCGAAACAACUAGUGUGGCUUUGCCAUGAAUUCCCCACAGCAGUUCAAAAUGCAACAUCAUUUAUUACUCAGCACAAAAAUGAAAAUUGGAUGAUUGUCCUGACGGCAAAUGAAGCGGAGAUGUAUCCAGGGUUGUUUUUAACUCUAAAAUAACGGCUUGUUUUGAAACGAAUGUUUUUAUUUCAUGAGGGAAAUAUGACAAAGUAAUACGGGUGGCCUGCACCAAAGUGCAGGGGGUUAAGAAUUGGCUUAUGGGGGCCGGCGAUUGGGUUAGGGUAACGAAUAGAAAGAUGAGAAUAGGGUCAAAACAGGGACACAAGAAUGGAAAUCCUUAGAAUGCAACGCAAAGUUGGAGAGUGCGCAGUCUAGAGUCAGACUACUUCGUAACACGUCCUCAUCUUCUAGAAAGUCCAGCUGAAAUACUAAACAUUGAUGUUAUUUAAUGAUACAGAAAUCGACCGUUCGAAGCGGGGGGAUUAUUGAGAAGACUGCGUCCAAUCUACUGCUAUAACAACUAAGGAAGUUUUAUUACUUUUCUGAUGAGGGUUAUUUUUUAUUUUUAGCUUCAGUGUGAACGUUAUUGGCCCAGUUUCACCUGCAAUUUUGAUACCAUAAGUGUGACAAGCCGGGAUGCAUUGAGCACAGCUCAGUACACAGUUCGUGAAUUUCGUCUCUGUAGGGUGAGCAUUUUUGCUUUUUGCCGUUUGCAGACGUGAUUUAUAUCACACGUUAGUGACUGUUUGCAGAUCUCUCAAAAUGACAUUUGUAGGAUAACGAUGCCAAAUGUUUCACACAUUUUGUUCUCAUCUUUACUUCCCGACACCAGCUUUAAAAUCCGUAACAUUAUUAUUUAAACAUUGCGCUCAUGUAAGAUACGACUCUACAGAUGUGCCGAGACCUGUACGGAAGACUGAAAGAAACCAAACUAAACGUACAAGGCCAGACAUUUCUAAAAAUGAUAGUUUUGCAGCAUGAUUCCCUUACCGUCAUGCGACGAUAUAUUUCAAUUUGUAAUCUACGCUCCCACCAGUACUGAGGAAAACAGCUUCCAAAAAUACACUGAAUUUUGGAUGACAUUGUUAGCUUUAUGAUUAUUUUGUCAUGCAUAAAUUUCGAAGCAGAUAUUUCGUGCUCCAUUGGCUCUCCGAAAGAGAAAACUACCUAUCGCAAACCAAUGAACUAAUUUUUCACCGGAACCUCUGCAAAGUGCUUUGUCAUACAGCACUGUGACAGAUGUAAUGGGAGAUUUUAUCUAGCAUAUUGCAUUAGGUAGAAUGUACAAUUUCUGGUACUGCAUAACGCAUGUAUGAUUUACCAAAUACACCAUAAAAUCUUGAUGUCAGACCGUUUUGUAAAAGGCUUUGGAGACGUUAGGUAUAACAGUCCCAAUAAUUGGGCUGAGAAUGCGGUUUACUCACAUUGACUUUAAAUAAGGGGCAUUUUUUUGUGCGUCGGAAAGCAUAUUGGCAUCUCGGAGCUUGUCAAAUCAUAAAAUUUCUUUUUAAGCUUCGGUCCAGAGUAGAAAAGAGGAACGCUUUUUUAACAAACAAGACGUUCACCGAAAAUAUCUUCUAGCAUUGUGACCUUAGUGCAUGAAAUAAUGCCGAUAUUUAAGAAGUAAACAAAGUCAUUACACCGACACUGAUACCUUGAAGGAGUCAUAAAUAUUUUCGGCGCUAUUAUUCACCGAAAAGCUCCAAAAACACAAGGAUUAUCAGCACACGUUUCUCUAAAAAGCGAAUGAACGCCGUGGUUGGUUUGAAGACAAAUGUACUGGCUUAAUUUGAAGAUUAUGCAUUCUAAGCAAAUUACAAAGUAUGCCUUGGAAUGGCCUCAACUAUUGCCUUAUAAUAUCAACGGUAUAAAAUUGAGAAAGGUGUACCUAUUGUCUGGCCACUCGCAUCUAGAAGCCGACGGAUCUUGGGAAUUAGGACAUCAGGAUUGUGUUCGGCCAGUCAAAUCAGCUAUCUGUUGUGAGCAUCUUUUUUGAAGAUAUGCUCGAACGUUUCAGCAAAGUCACUGUCAGUCUUCGAAUAAACAACUGAUUAGUCAUCUAGUGACAUGAUCACAUUUAUGCAGAAUUGAAUGCCAACGACUAUACGUCGGCUAAAGUGCAAGGCUGUCGAACGUUUGGUACAAAAGCUGGAUAAAUUGCAUAACAACUGGUGACAACACAAAUUUUGAAGCAAGGUUGAAAUUUUGUUUAAUACGACGCUUAUCACUAUCAAGAUCGUUUCGUUUUUGUGAUUGCAUUAACCUGUCUUUUAUCCUGACGUAUUGUCACAUAAAGCAACUAAAAGGGACCUACCCCAGAUAAGAGAGAUCUUUCAGCAACUAGUCCGGCCAGAGACCGCUAUGUUUAAUAAAACCAGUAUGUCCUUUUAGUUUCACAUCAUAUAAAAGCAAUUUUUACCUCUGUCGUUCUUUCAAAAAGCAUUUCUUUCAUUAAACAAAUGGCGUCAUUAGGUUCUUAGCAAAUGCAACUUUGUUUUAAAAUAAUAUUUUAGCCUCAAAACGUUAAAAUGCUCUGGCAUUUACUGCUUAUUUCUUUAUUAACUAGUUGAAAACGCUAGUGAGGUUUGUUCACAAAGCAUUUGUCUACCAGCAUCAGGAGUAGCAAACUGUGAAUGCAUUACGUGUUAGACGUAGUCUUUGUCUGCAUUACUGAGUAUGUCUCUGUCGCUUUCGGGAAGAAAUGGUUGAAAAAUGCUUUAAAAUUAAAAGUAAUUCGGCAUGCUUAAUCCGAAAAAAACUUGUUGUGUUUAUAAUUAACAAUCCUUAAGUUUUGUAAUAAUGGACUCUGAUCAGAUAAGCUCAUUCAGACGCAAAUCUUUAAAAGCUUUUGAAUGUAAACGACCUUUCUUGGCACAUAAUGUUCAGUGGUAAAAAAGACAUGCAACCAUACACUUCCCUAGGCCUCUGCCAUGAAAUAAACCUGCGGACUAUGUAAUUAGUAAGAAAUACUAAUCCGCAGUGCACUUUUACUUCGUUGCCAACAGGUUCGCAUAGGAACAGUUGAUUCGAUUCGGCCGUUGUGCAUGACAAAGUUUAGGGAGAAAAUUUAUAGCAGGAGGUAUUCGAAAAGCAAAUUUGUUCAUAUCUGACCAGACCGACUGUAAAUCAACAAAACCAUCUCUUCUCAGCCUUUUUCUGCUUGCUAAAAUAGGGAUAGUUUCGAAAAUGUGAAUUAAAAACAGAAUCACAAGGUGCACAUGAUUUAUUGCCUGGAAGUAAUUAUCAGAUAAUUAGACAUCACAUUGCAUGCCAUGAUACUAAAUAGAACAUCAAUUGAAGCGUCAAAACAGGAGGUAAAAAUAGACAUUGCUAUCUGCCAACCCUUCUUUCAUUAGCUAUUUGCUUAGUUUGCGUUUUUUCGUUUUGGUGGCAUAAAAGCAAGUUAUCAGUAAAGAGAUUACUAUUACGGAAUAGGCAAAACCUGGAGCAAGGAAUUUUAUGCUUUCAUUUGUAUGCAGGUCCUCUUGUUAAGCGCAUAAGCAUAUACAUCUUACCGGGAGAGUUUGGCCUCUACAAAUUGGCAGAAAUACGGAAAACAUAGGUUCCUUCAGAAAUUAUCGGUUGACUGCAAAACGUUACUCGUUAAAUUACCUGGGAAAACUGCUUCUUAAUAGAGGAGUCAAAAUUCAAACGCCCUUCGAACGGUUAAACAUAUAUUACUCGGGAGCAGUCGAUCCUUCGCUUGUAUUUAUUUAAAAAGUAACAUGAUAUUUUGGGUUUGGGUAAAAAUGUUAAUCUUUAUAUGUACAGCCAAAUAAGAACGCGCUUUUGGGUGCUUAAACACCCUAAUUUUAAAAGCUGCAAUUUGUUUAAGACUAAAUUUCCAAUAUUUAAUUAAAUGUGACCGAAAUAGCCACAACAAACAUCACGUCACAUAAAGCCAUUCCGUUUGCCCAGGCUGAUUAUUUGUGUAAAAUAGUGAUUAACAACUAGUACAUAUAAUUAUUUGAUGUAAAUAUAUCUUAAAAUGUUUACCAUGCGCUCUAACAUAAAUACAUAAAAAGCAGUUUGAAAACGUUUUUUUUCAAGCGUGACGAUCCAGGUGUAAAACGAAUUAUACGGCAGUUCCAACUGGAGAACUGGCAUAAAAAUGAUCUUCCCUUCAUUGGAGCUAUUAUCGACCUCACCUCCAAAGUUCAUUCCUGGCGAGAGGGAAAGGACGGUCCAAUCGUCGUGCACUGUUCGUAAGUGACUUUUAUUAUUUCGUACUUAUUUUUCAAAAGGUACUGGCAAACUACCUUUGGACAGUACAAGUUAGUAACAUUGUCUUUUAAGUGUGCAGUUUUUUGAGGCAUGACUUUAUGUAAACGAAACGGUUGCGCUGCCAUUUUCAAAAACUUCGUUACUAGAACAAGACACCGGUUUUACUCCGUGAGCCUGACGUAAGAAAAAACUCUGUUAUAAUUCCAAAGUAACUAGCUCUGAAGAUUUUCAAAUUGUAGCUGUCCUAGAUCAUAUGUAAAAAUGCAUAUGGAGAUAAAAACAUGCCAUUACAAAUUGAAUCAAAAGGAUCCUUGACUGCUUACAAGAAAGCAAAAAGAGUUUUUAUCAGUAAAGCGUUGCAUAAAGAUUUCCUGGAACAUUAGCUAAAUAAAUGCUGAAUGGGGGACUUACUACUUGCGGAGUGGCCCUAAUUGCAAUUAAAGGGACAUUGCAUAAACAAGGAAUUACAUAUAUUUAAACGAGGAACAAGGCCUGCAAAAAUAAAAAUGGUCUUCUGAAAAAAUAACAAAGGGCUAUCACUUUUAUGUUUCACAAGACGAUAAUUUACACUCAGAAGUCACGACUCAGUAAUCUGGAAGAUGUCACUAAGUAUGAAAUUUCAGAAAGUAUUAAAACUGCUUGAAUGACAUACUGAUUUAAAGCAAUGAAAUAUAUUUUCAAAAAAUGGAAGCCACCCAACCAGCCAAGGGCAUUAAUGUCUUUUAAAUCGAUUUUUAUUAGGACAGAUUUUAAAUGGUAAAUAGAGGUACUAUAAAGACAAACAUGCAAAUGCGCGUGUUAAGCGAGGAUUAUUCGAUUGCUUAAUCACUGUCGCAUGAAAAGCCGUAAAUAUUUACAGUAUGAAUAUAAUGAAUAUGCCCUUAUUCAUCGCUUUACAAAGUGCAUUGUUAUCACUCCAAGUCUAGCAGCACAUUAGGUGGCUGCAAAAUGGCUGAUAAAUGCACAAAAAUGUUGACGAAAAUGGGGCAAAAUUAUGAGAAGUUACUUAUCCUUAAUACACUGCCCAACGUUUUUUACGACAUUUACCGGGCGAUCGCGAGCCGUCACACGGGUUAAUGACCUAACUUUGUCUCAAAGUAAAUGCCUUUUUGAAGUCGAACAGUUAUUUCAUAUACAUAUUUUGCAAAUGAGAAAAAGAGUUAAGUAAAUUGCCUUGCCAUCAUGCAGAUUGUGAAUUUUGCGAAAUAUACAAAGCUAAACGCCACAGUGUCGAUUAUCUGUUAUCACACAACAAAACAUCGUAUUCGUAGAAACAUACAGCACAAAGAUUUGAAAUGUAGUCAAAAAUAAUCGAGAACGAACGAUCAUCGACUAGUCACGAGGCAUGUAAAAUGGCGAUAUUUAAUUCAGUAAUCAUCAAUGUUCCGCCAUACAUUACAUCCUGAGGGGUAUGCCGGUGCAACGUCUGCUUAACAUGUACGGUUGACGUAAGUAAUCGUGGCAUAUAGUGCAUCGACUUUCAGGAUGAUUUCAUCUCCACAGGCUGAAAACUUCAAACAUAUCUUAGAUGACGUUUUAAAGUUCAAUUAUUAAAAUCGAAUAGAAAAAAUUUUAAAAUCUGGGCGUCAAGUAAGCUAAUCCCUUUUAAAUAAGGUUUGAUUAAGACCAAAAUUCAGAAAAAGUGGGACCUAUUCAAGAAAUGGAACGAACAAACAGUGUUUCGCUUGAAUCCAAACCUUUACGAUGUCUGUUGAAUAAGCAUUGUGCUUGCUGUACUAGGCAGGAUAACUCCUUGGUUCGAUUGAUUAGUUCGUGUAGAGUCAGGUGUAAAGCUCUGGUACCUAGAAAAUGACCCCUGGCUUAAUGAUUUAGUGAAAAGCUACAAGUUAGCCUCAUGUCAUCUGCAAAUGGAAAUGCCUGAGGUCAUUUGUGAUUGGUAAAGCGGGGCCAUUCUGACUAGAACAAUGCCGGCUAUUCAGUCUAGUGUUGUCCGCGCGAAAGACAAUAUGGAACCUCAUUUUGCAGUGUCAGGGUUCACGACUUAAUAGGAACAGAUUUAAGCGCGCUGGUUCAUGCCUUAGAUUGUUUGGGCCACCAUUUGAAUUAUUGCGAGCAAGUUCCUACAGGCAUGCCGGAAAUGACCAACCAAAUCUCCAUUGUUUCUUUUUUUAUCGUAAGCACUUCAGGGUCCCGUACUUUGCCCAUUUCUACUAAUAUGUCGUCAGAUACAUGGUGAUAAUUGCAGUGGAAAUUUUCAAGUGCAAUGAGGAUAAUGAAUACUCUAGUAUACUGGCAUUACUCGAGUUUAGCCUUAUUACAUUCCAACAUAGGAACACUGGCAUUAAAACUAAAUUUGUCUUAUUUGCACUCGAUUUUAUUUUUUUGCCUAGUAAAUAAUUGAAGUCCUUAGGGUUUUAUGCGUAGUAGUUGACUCAUUAACUAACUAACCUAAACAUGUCAGAGUACUAGUCAGAGAAAGGAUGUAACGUAAUGGCAAAAAUGCAUGCAUACGCAAUUGCCGUGUACGAGUGUUGAAUCAGUUAAAAAUUGACGCCAGCUUUGUGUAAAGUGAAAGCGGAAUUGGAAUUUUGAUUUAAUUACUUGCGCAAGAGCAAGCAUACAAGCAAAAUAGACGGUGUGCGAGCAGGAAAAAUGCAGUAAUUUAAACUGAACAGCAAAGAUCGCUUCCAACGAGGGCAGGAAACUGCAAAGUUGCCUCAUCCUGAUUGUCUGCUAGGGGUUUUUCACUUCAUUAGAGGUCCUCAAACACGUAGAGCGUAAGGCAUGCAGUCCAAGCGCGACGCAGAUAUUUUCAUAGUUCUAAAGUUAAUGUUCUUGAGUACAGUCGGAUGGAUCUAAAGCACACUCACGUCCCAAGAUGACUGGUGAAUCAAGUUGCUACAGGCGGUUAUAAAUAAGUGGACAAAGUGUCUCCUUCGGGGAGGCUUAUUGGACUCACUUGAUAGAAGAGUGACAGAGUUUUCCUCAUCUUCAUAACAAUCAAAAGCUCCCUAUUGUCUCUACAGUUUGUAAAAAUACCAGCUAGCACAAGUAAGGGUCAAAUAGUGCUUAAGAUGCCGUUAUUUCCUGCCGACUUAAUUAAACGGUUUGUCUGUGUCUUUAUCUUGCGUACUGCUGUAAACUCCUUUACAAUUCCUUAAUCUUUGUCUUUAGUCACUGACAGGUUUUUACAAUCUAGAAGAAGGCAAAAAUAUGUAAUUACCAUAAUAUGCUUUCACAGCGUUGCAACUAACGCUUGCAAAGUACAAAAAAGACUCAUAUUUGCCUUUUCAAAAAAGACAAAAGGCCUGGCAGAUUUAUUAAGAAUUUAAAUAACACUCGAAUGAAGUCAGAUAAAACAAAAAGAAUUAUUAGGCUCGUUUAGAGGAUCGAUAUAGAAGAGUAUAAGAGGGAGCAAAUAUAAAGCCAGAAUAUAAAUAUGACAGGGAAUACAUGCACAUUUAUUUGGGCAUUUUGAUCUCAUGAGUGUUAAUCGACGACGCUGCGUUCCCUGCUGAGUAGACAACCGUUAUGACGUUAUGGGGGAUAAAUUACAGACACUACAUCGACGAUGACAUUUCAUUGCUCUGUGUAAGAUAUCGCAGUGGAUGUCUUCACCAUGUACGCGAUAAACACGUAAACAGCUUUUAGUGUGUUUGAGUUUAAGAAAUGCAAAACUGUCGGCAAAGCUCGCCCUACCUCGGUUCCUUUAAGAUAACGUUGGAAAUCACGUGAUACGUAUGCAGCCCGAAAUCACGCUGGUCAGCAUCAACGAAUUUGCAACAAGGCGGCAGCGAAAUCAACAGUCGUAAAAAAACAACAGCAGACCUUUAGUUGUAAAAUUUUAGAACCACUUAUGCUCCCCCAAUAUUUCAUUUCAUUUAAAUGAUUUCACUUUCGAUAAUCCUAGGAGCAAAGAAACCCAAAUGCACGUAUUAACGUUCGCAAUCUCAUCUUUCUUCCGCUUUCCUUAAAACAGGAAACUGGAAAAUACUGUCCAUAAUACAUAACAUACUCAUGAACUUUAUUGACCUUUGCUGACAAUAAAGAUGUGAUUGACUUGAUAAAAUGUUCCUAACCGAGCAAAUAUUACAGGGUUCUCACUAAAGGCAUAAUGAAUGUUUUUUUGAAAUAACGAAUGUAAUGCGUCAUGCAACUGACACAAGAUGGAGUCAACGAUGACAAUUCAUUGCCCGGCUUCUAUAAAUGCAACCACCGUGAAAAUAGGUCACGCUCAAUCGAAGAAUGUAGGUUUUGUGUUGUUCCUAAUGCUAGAACAAACAAAAUACUUUCGACCAUUUAAUGCAUUUUUGAGCCGAAACCACCUGUCCAGGUCACUGGCGAGAGGACUUUCGAGUCAUACAUAUUUUUUCAGCUUAUACCAAGGGAUUAAACUGCAGAAUUCUGGCCUAGCUUAAGUUACAUUUGCAGACGUUUUGCUGAUGUUCUACCGUAUAGUCAACUUACCGUUUUAUCUUGAGUGUAACGCAAGACACGACCUCAAAUAACCCGUUUUUUCUUUAUGACGAGUCGUAACAACUGCUCUGCCACAAAAUGAAGGUCAGGGUAGAUGAUGAUCAGGCAUAUUGAAUCCCUCUGUUCCUUUUGUCAUAGCAUUUAGAAAGUGAAUUCUUAUAAGUAAAGCGUCUAAGCAUGCAGCUGAGCUGACUGAAUACGACAGUGUGGCAUUCGCAGGCGAUACAAUUCCCAAAGGCGUGAUAAAGUAAAAAUAGUGAUAAUUUGAGAAUGGACUUAUAUAUAGGGACAAUAAACAUGCACUACAAUCAUACGUCGCACAUCCGGCACCCAUACUUUCCUAACUGAACUGAUGUGGCACAGUGGCACAUACAAUUAAAUGUUCUAUCAAUGGUUAGAAGACGUGCCAAAAUAACUAACUCCCCAUGAAUCAGCCAUAAAUGGGGGGUGCUCGAUUUUCGCAUAAGCAAGUGUGUUAUAAAGGCCACAAAAAGGUAUGGCCAUCGCGAACUCCUUUUGAUUUUUACUAUGAUACAAUUCUCCGGCCAGUUUAAAAUCCUUCGGCAGUGAAUUUUUUGGUUUUCUGAUAAUUAGUAGAACGACAGGCUCCCUUUAGUAAAUAAAAUAAACACUGGGUUCAUAUUUUUUCCGUUUAUCCUUCCUUCUAUUUCUCAUAAUUUACCAACAACUCUAGGUUGACGAUGGUGAGAUGGGGCGCAGCGGCUAGCGUGACUGAAUUGCCGCCUAUAAGUGCCGCACAGGCAGUAUUUGCUACUGGCACGCCGGACACAUCUAUUCUGACUCCGAGUCACCGCUGCGUAAUACGUGUCAUAAAAUACGCUCUACGAGGAACUCCUUUGUUGCACAGAACAGAUAUAUCCCAUAAUCUGAAACUUUUGCAUAAAAAUGCAAAGACGUGUUUGGUCAGGCAUUGUUAGGUGAAAUUGCAGGACAAAACUCACCACAAAAAUAUGGGGUUUAGGCUUCUGUAGAUGUUUUUAAUGCUUUUUAAUCAGAUAAUCCUUUGCAUAGACAUUUCGGAGCGCAAAAUUUGCAGGGCGGCUUUCAGAGAUUAGCUCAACUAUCAUUUAUAUUUGCCCAUCGACAAGUGCGGAUCUGAUUGGAUUUUCUAAUUAAAUUGGCAGAUGCUCAGCAUCCUAACAAUUAGAACAACAGUGCUAUACCCCGAUGCCACAGAGACGUAACUGACACAUACAUAGUACCCGCGUCUGAAAAAAAUAUUACUCCGAGGGCCAACGGGGGGCUGGAAUAUGAAGCCUUUGUGCACAGUUAAUCUAAAGGUUCGUGAGAAAUAAAUGCAGUACAUAAAAGGUCGUUGAUGAAUAACGAGGUAAAUUGUGCAAACAGUCAAUAAAGCUUUUCCAUGCCUUCCGAUUGUUCAGUAACGCUGUAGACAUUCAGAUCUACUCUGAUAAUUUCUGCCGUUCAGGGUGUUGAAAGGCGACCUGCGUAUAACAAUACAGCUAUAUUUGCCGAUUGAGAAGAUUUUAUUAAACGUUGUUUAUCCAUGAGGGUUCUCCAUAAAACACGUUCACUUUUCCUUGCGAGAGGCGAGCACUGAGAACGUUUCGAACCCUAUUGCCUUAAUCAGCCGGCUAUUGCCAAGAUGACGAAGGCAAAAACUUUCCGAAAACCUCAUAAAGUUUCAGAAAUUACUGUAGAUGUUAACGUUGAUGCAGUCGCCACGCGCGAGGGGUAAUAAUUCGACUGACUGCUACAUGUAGGUGAUUCUAGUCAUAUUAAUUCUCUAAAUUCAGCAGUGAUCUCUGGGACGACCAGAUCAGGAAGAUGGCAAUCACAGCGCUGUGGGAAACACGCAGAUUCAGCCGACUUUUCAGAAGACGAAGAUGCGGCCACCGGAAGAAGAAACUUAUUGGCUUGACGUUUCGGAUUCUCACUCGAACCCAUCAUCAAAGACAGUCGCAGAUAAGGGUUAUGGUGGCAAAAGGAGUGCAGUUUUUAUAGCACAUAGCCGCCGUGGAAUCAUAUGCGUACUAAAAUGAAAAUCUCUCGAACUCACCGCUGGGGUUCGUAACUGAUGCGAUGAGGGCUUGUCAUUCCGCGUCCGAGUCGUUAACUGCCGCGAUUUCGUCAUCUGUGUUGGAUGACCGCGUAAUGAUUUCUCGGCAAAUGGGCUCAUUGUCAUUGGGAUUACUGCUUGCCAGCGCCCUCCCCACGAGACUGAUUCCCUUGACCGGGAAAAACUCAGAACAAAAUAUGGUAACAGUAGGUCACUGCGCUGGUUGUAAUUCAGCAACCGUGUCCUCCGUUUCACUGCAAUGCGUCUCAACGCACCGGUAUAACGCCCGUACGCAACUACGUCUGUGAAUGUGUUGAGGGAAGCGACUAUUACAGCGGAAAUGCUGAAAUUUGACAGCAAUCAGUCGAUCGGUCAGGUGGCGACUCAUUCGACGGGAUCUGCCAUAUUUUCACGUUUCGAGAGGCCGAAAUCUUUGCAAGUGAUGACAACCGCGUGAUCCGCGAACUGCCCAAGUCAUGGUUCUUACGCCCGCAACCCAUCAACAAGCGCAGUGACCUACUGUUACCAUAUUUUGUUCUGAGUUUUUCCCGGUCAAGGGAAUCAGUCUCGUGGGGAGGGCGCGGGCAAGCAGUAAUCCCAAUGACAAUGAGCCCAUUUGCCGAGAAAUCAUUACGCGGUCAUCCAACACAGAUGACGAAAUCGCGGCAGUUAACGACUCGGACGCGGAAUGACAAGCCCUCAUCGCAUCAGUUACGAACCCCAGCGGUGAGUUCGAGAGAUUUUCAUUUUAGUACGCAUAUGAUUCCACGGCGGCUAUGUGCUAUAAAAACUGCACUCCUUUUGCCACCAUAACCCUUAUCUGCGACUGUCUUUGAUGAUGGGUUCGAGUGAGAAUCCGAAACGUCAAGCCAAUAAGUUUCUUCUUCCGGUGGCCGCAUCUUCGUCUUCUGAACUGAUUCCUGGAACUUUCCUGUUCGUCUUAACUGACUGUACUAUUGCCCUGUCUAGAAUGCAUCAGUAUGGGUUGUGAGCACCCCACCAUUGGGACGAAUCGUCCAAAUUGUGCACAAACGUUCACGUGUUGACUUUUCUGUUGAAAAUACUGCACAUUUGACAGUGGAAACAAGAGGUUGGCCAUCUAACCUACCAAACGCUUAAGUGUUCGCAUUUACCACAUUAUAUGAAAAGAAAUGUUCACCGACAAAAUAGGUUGUCCAUUUGACUGGUGACUCACUGUAAUAAGAUUAUCUUGAGUUCGCAUUGAGGCUGAAGUGUUCAUUUUUUAAGACACUUGUAUGCAAUGCAUCUUUAAGGUGAAUACGUCAGAAUCGUUGUUCACCAUCAGUGUCCAAGGUCUGGGACAAACCACAGCCGUAGUAUAUAUGUUAAACUUGUCCGUAAAAAGCGAAUGCAAAGCGGAAAUAAGACGCCCCGAGGGGUCAAAACAGCACUGUUUAUAGAUAAAAGCUGGGGGGAACAGUAUGGCAUUUGUUAUUGCAUUUGCAUAAAUUGCAGGGUGCUGUGAAGUUCCCAAAGCUCACUGUAAAUUACUCCUACAGAGGAUCAUACGGGACAGAAUUAUAUUGUUCCUUUUUGAUUAUUUUUCUUAAAAAGAGCUGUUAUUGGAUGACCAAAUAAGGUCGGAAGUUUGAGGUCUUAAUGCAAGUUGGGUUGACAAAGGAAAGGACAAAAACAUACUCCACAUACGGCAACCGGUUAGCCGUAUAGUGUAGCUGUCUGGUGCAUAUUCAGCGUUCGUAGUCGCAAGUACACUGCAUUAAAAAGAGUUGCUUGCAAGAAACCUACUUUAAUCGUUUUUACACAAUAAGAAAAAUGCAUAGGUGGCGCAAGUGUCACUGAACAACACUUGAAAGGACUUCCUGGAAUUUUUAAGCCUUUGUCAGCGCAACCUUAACGGGACUUGUCAUCCCCAAAUUCAUAAAAGCAAAACAAUGUCUCGUUGUUCUAUGGGUGGAAAUUUGAUUCUCCUGCACUGACUGUCUUAUUUUGUUUAAUCAACAUAAGCACCUAUGUGCGAAUCUUUAUCUGCGCGCCUAUGUAUUAGCCUAAUUAAUUUUUUGCGAGUUUUUCAGUAUUGCUUUUCGUAGAAGUGUGUUUUACUAUGAAUUAUUGACGUAAUGUUAUGAAUAAAAAUAGCAAGGAGAUACUCACUUGUCCAUAGCGAUGAAGGAGCAAACGGCCCUUUUUAGCAUACGACAUGAAGUUAAUAUUUGCAUAACUUCCAUUCAAAGCAAUAGCCGCCAGUUUAGAUGAGCAAAGUGCUCACAACCAAUUAAGGAGCGUUUGAGCACGAUUUACUUUGCAUGGAUUUCAUAUACCACACCCCGAAUACGCCCCACCGACCCACGAGUCGCUUCUGCUUCAGAAAGUUCUAUUUGUCACUGAAGUAACAGCGGACUGAACGGCAAAUAGUAUUUGCGCCGUUGCUCUGUCGUGUUUACUUAGUCAACAAAUCACAUGCACCUUCUUCUCAGUUUUCUAGUGUGCGUCUGUCGAGAUUUUGCGAGCAAUCUAGUCGGAAAAAACAUGAUACAGUCAAAAGAGGGAGAAGAAUUCACCGGGGGAAAUUAACUUUUAAUCUGACAUUUUGAGUAAUCGGGUCGGAUACAAAUUUUCAGAGAUUACAAUAAAAGGAAGGUUCGAGCCACAUAUACAAUUGGCACUGAAAAUCGACGCAUAAAAUAAAAUGCCUCCUGAUCUUCUAAGAUACACUGCCGAAUCUACUACCCUAAACGUCAGAACGAAUACAAGCUCCCUCUGACAAACUCCAAGCUUUCAUUGACAUGCAACUUUGGAACUCCAUUUUGAUUAGCAUUAAUAUGAAAUAGUUCUAGAACUUUAGUUACAGCGGUUUCUGCCAGGCUUGUAUUAUCAUAGGGGAGCUCUGCAGAGACGUGAAAUUUUGCAGUGUGUGAGGCGAGUUUGGCAUGCACAGGGAUAGAUUCAAGUGGGUUUACUAACUUAAAUAAAUCUCUGUAAUUCGAAGAACUUCGAUUCAGCUUUCAGGCAUGAGGCCAAAAUAAGGCGUCCUCUGCCCACAAUAAGUCCUCCGAGUGCAUAGGGUGUUAAAAAGCUAUCAGAACUUUUGAAGUGAUUUUAACUGAGAAAUAUUUAAUCUGGUGAAAGUAGAACGAGGUAUCCACAGAAACGAGCACGUUUUGCUGAAAAUACGCAAAAAUGGACAGCCGCUAGCCAGUCAAACAAUAACAAUGUUUGUUUACCCCGUAGUGAAUGGUUCCUUGUAAACCAGCCUAGGUCUUUGCGGCUUUGGAAUUCAAAAUUUUUGACACCAAUUUAAAAGCAUUAUAUUUCGCACUUAGUAAUUGUGUCGGCUGAAAUAAUCGCCAAGGUUUACAAAGAAAAGACCAAGUUACGGAAAGUACCUAUGGCUGCAUUACAAUUAUAAGCGAAAAAGCAGCGAUGAAGGUGACCUACGAUAGUUAAAGUAUGCCAUAGUUCUGCGAUGCGUUUCGCCUAGAAAGGAUUGCUUAAAUAGGAUUGUCAUAUUGAUUGUCGUCAGCGAACUCCUAAGACACUGCUUUCACAUUAGGACGUCCGGCUUUAAAUACCUUUCAUUUUGGCCAUCCGUGAAAACAACGCCCAGUAAAACGGCAUUAUGUUUACAGUAUAAACGUCAAGCCUUACUUUUCUGUGCACUCAUAGAUGUGCCAAGCCAAUAAAAAGGGAACUGUAAAAGUACGUGUAUUUGAAAAUAUAUACGAAUCUAUAAGUAUAUCCAAAAUUCACGGAAAACAUUGGAAUAUUUUGAAUGGUUACUUCUUACUAGGUGUGAAUUUCCUGCGCCGGGAAUAUGUACAUUUAAAAGACAAAGUCCUGGUCUAAAUGAAAUGUCUUUAAGUUAGGAUUUACGAUAAUAACAUUGCGGGUCUCAUUCAGGCAUUUCGUCUAACCAAAAUGCAUCUCGGAAUUAUCUUUUAGAUCAUAUUAAGCAAUUCAGUUACUACAUACACAGGUAUUGUGAUCAUACUGUGUGUACAUACUGCACACAUACUUUCCUAUCCCUUGAAAUGUUAAUCGACAUUCUGAAAUAUGACUUCGGUUCGUAAAGGUUACUUGAGUAGACUUGUAAUAAAGUUAUCAUGCAGCACAAUCAUGAUAUAUUUCAUUCCCUUCACGAUUUCAGCUUUUGGAGGAGCUUCUCUGUGGACACCUGCAUAGACUAUACCUUGUGCGAAAUGACCACUUAAACAGUAUAAAUUUUUAUAAUUUACCCUUUAUUCCCUUUUAAAUUCAAAUAUAUUAAGCAGGUCAAAUACAAAAAUAAUCGCCGUCGUAUUUAUUUGGUAGCCAGCUACGUCAUAUUUAAGUUUUAUACUUCAGGGAGGCGUAUCUUUUGUUUUCUAAAGACUUUUUCACUUUCUAAAUAAUUCUUGCCCCAGUUGUCGUUGCUUUUACGCUCGAGUCUUCAACAACACCUAGUGUAUACAUUCUAGCAAUGAAGAAUCACAUAUUUUUCUACGCUGUUAGGAAGAUGUUAUAUAGGACUCAUAAAAUUGUCAAUGGAUUUUUAUCUAGCUGAGUACUUUAUAAGGAACAUUAGUAAGCCCGCUGAUGCGAUGCUAUAUAAAAGAACACUUCGUCGUUUUCGAAGAUUCAUAAUUAGAACGUCUUUAGAACUAAUGGAGACACUAGUUUCAAGCAAAAAAUUUGGGACAAACGUAAUUUGCUGCCAUAAGAGCCGAGGAGGGAAUGCUUUUGCACAUUUCAUCAACGUUAUGUAUUUGAAUUUUUAAGGAUAUCAAAAAUCAGUGAGAACAAUUUACGCUACCUAAAUAAUCAUUUUUAAGAAUUGUGGCCUUUGCGAACGGUCGAGGAAAACUCAUUCAAAAACUGGCGUCCUGACGUGACUGAAAUAUCUUAUAAAUAUCUUAUGAUCAUACUGCAUAAUAAUUAAUAUGAUAACUACACGUACGUAGUCUAUCCAAAUCAAAUAAGUAUUUCAGAAUUUCGGUUAACAUUUCAUGCUAUAACACAUCUACUGUAUAUGGGUGGAUACAAAUCUAAUUACUCUUGGAUCUUUUCCACAUUUUCUGCUUGCGGUUCCGGGUAAACCGAAUUCAUAGAAGCAGCGACAUUCCAAAUGUUUGGUGAAAGAAUAACGAAAAUUCGUUUUAGAAAACCACUUAAUGAAAAGGCUGUUUUAGAACCCCAUGAGCGCACUAAAUGCAACUAGUGGAGAAGAUAUAUUUUAUAGCCAACCGAAGACGCGUUAUAACUUCCCAUUUUCAGCCGCCAUUAGGGACACAAUUUUGUUCAACAGCAGAUUGUUGGGGAGGGCAGGUUUCACAAAAGAUAUUAGUUUUCCUGCAAUUUUGCUAUAAAAAUUUCCUCCGUAGAUUGGAGCCAAUCAAACGCAGACCCUAGUAGGUGAUUUCCCUGCUCAAACUAUUUAAGAAAAUGAAGUGUGGAGAGCAUUCGAAUUUUGUAGGAGCAUUUCUGGUGCAAACUGUAUAUUGUUCAGAUUACCCAGCAAAUAGGAACUGAGGCGUAUAAUGACAUAAGCCCGCGUCGGCUUGCUGCAUACGCUCAAAUAUUCACAGACCAUAAAGUUUGGUGUCUGUUACUGCACGUAAAGCUUAUUUUUGUGCUUAACAGACUUGAUAUAUCUUAAAGCCCAAAUCAUUCAAUGGGAGUGAAAUCUUAUGUAUAAAAUGACCGUUUAGAGAUCAUCAGUUUUAUAUCAUGUGAUCUGAACUCAGUUGCCCAAACAAAGACUGCUGAAAGGAUUUAUACGAUUAGUGACUUUACAGAAAUGGGUGAAUCUAAAUAUGGUGUUUGGCGCCAGAUAACCACUGUGAAGUGCAUCUGGCCAAAACAUUUUACAUCUCUUAAGAAAUGCUCUUCUGAGAUUAUACCAACUGUUUGAUGAGGUCAGGCUGAAUUGUAAAAGGCUCAGAUAAAUGUUUGAAAUCGUAAAAUGCCCUCGGUGGAUUCUUUUCCUGUUUUGGACGGCGACAAUAGUGUGCUGCGUGUGUUUGAGAAGACGGAGUGUACUCGCAGUUUUUUUGCAGACAUGGAAAAGUGGAGUUUGAUUUAGUAUUCCAAUUUUGUCCACAAUUCACGCAGUCCCAACACCGAUGUGAGCGUUCCGUUGGUCGUAGCCAGAAGUCAAAAGCGAACUUAAUAAUCCAGUCGCCUACAGUUUAAAAAAACGUCACUAUGAAAUACUGUCGAACUAAGACGUCACCACACAGGACCAAUCAUUUCUUUAGGAGCUAAUCACAGUCAAAUUGCUAUGUUCCCAUAUGCUUCAAAUUGGGCCAGCCUCGAGGGAAGUGAUAUGCAUCACUCUGACUAUGUCCACCUAGUGGUAGUGCACUACCGUGUCCCAAGCAAACAAAUAAAAGACCACUGGCAGGGGGAGAGAGAAUAAGGUUUGUUUGGUCCAUUAUCAAUAUAAAUUUGACUAAUUAGCCAGAAGAUUCAAGGACAGCACAACCCGUUGACCGUUUGCUCAUGUAUCCUGCACAUUCAUUCCCUCACUUCCGAGGAUUCGCUUAAAUGCGCAUGCUGCAUCAGCUCGAGAGAUAAGAUUGUCCAAAAGACAAGUUGGCAAGCAAACGUUGCUUCCGAUAAACUCUCUUCACGGGGUACAAUCGAAGAUGGAAGUGAUUGAAAAAUCGAUAAAAGUUAAUUUUAAAACGCAGGCUAGGCAAGAACGAAAGGGCACAGAAAGUUGUAUGUGGCUUGUGAGUCUUUGACCACGGUUAGUGCGGGCCUUGAAAAAGGUUCUUCUGGACAUAUAGGGUCGGUUUAUCCUAACGUAAUUGCGUCCGCUUCUGUUGUUGCUAACAGGCGCUGGCCUAGUAGCCUAGGGUAGCUCGAGGAGACCUUUUAAAUCACACAAAAUGCUUUAGCGGGGUCUAGACGAUGGCCUGAAUCAACUGCAUGCCCUUGGAUGGCGCUGUCUAUUCUCCUAGAUUGUGAAUCAAGUUGAUAAAUAGCCAUAUGUCGGUUUCUAUGAACUGCAAAAGGCGUACACGCACGAAAAAACUUGCCUUUCCAGUUAAUAAAACAAGUUCAGGUGCAGCAUGGUAGGUGAAAAGGACAAUGAACGGAAAGUUGACAUGUUGUAUCGACGUGAAUGGUUACUUUCUCAAGUCACUGCCCAUAGGGGUUUUCGCGAUGGCUCCUGGUCUGAGUUUCCAGCGGCUUACCUGCAAAUGGAUAUUAAUAAUCAUCUUGUGUUCCAUUCACGAUGACACUAUCCAAGACAUUAACGAAGUAAUAGCUAGAGUUAAUGCUCCACUAAUAAGCAAAACGAAUGUCUCCAUACAGAUAGUUUUUGAAUCAAAACUCCAUCAGGAAAUUUUUAAGUAAAAUGCGUCGGUGGUGAAGUCUCCAGGACUGUGGGUUUCUUUAUGGAAUUCACGAUAGAAAUCGACGUCAGUUUGCUGUUAACUAAGAAGAUGCGCAAAGUGCCGUUUUAUUUUAUUGUUUGAGUCAUUUAAUGUAGUUUAAUCGAUAGGCAAGAAAACUAGAAGAGACUCAAACAAGCAACAAUACAAGCUUUAUAAAAACGUAAAAGAUGGUCCGGUCUUCUUUCGCUCAAAAGCCAUAUUGCUUUUUUCCUUUGUAGCUUUGCAUGUUUUUGAUUUGCGCCAAGUUGAAAAUAACCCUAUAUGAUAACCAUGUAUGCAAAAUUUUCCUAGCCACUUGACAAAUUUCGACAUAUUUCUUCAACUUACAGAUUUCCUGGAAUUUCAUCUUGAGUUUCACGAAGUCAGUGUGGUCCUUAACAGUAAUAGUAAAUUAUAAUUGAGCGUCAUUUUAAUCUUGUUAUGUCAAUGCUAAGAAGGGACGUUUGGUUUGCAAAAAAGCGAAAUUAUGGACCUGUUUGAAUUUCCGACACGCUUUUAGUCCUCCCUGAUUGCUGCCAAACAGAAAUAACUAAUGGGAACAAAUAUAAAUUUUUAUAAAAUCGAAGGGCUUGUAAAACAUGUCAGCACUUGUAAAGUUUAAUUGUGCAGUAGUAAGAUACCAGUCUCAAUCUCAUCAGUAAUUCGACAUGAAAAGUCCUAAAUUGGAAGACUCAGCAGGGUGCCGUACAAAGAGAACGGCAUCAUAUUAGGUCAAACGACUUAGAAUGUCCCCCUUCCAAAACAAUGUAUACGGAUGUUUGCAAUUAUUUUUGUCUUGAACCAUUCUCCUCCUCUUUUACAUGUUUUUAAAAAUUCACUUCUUGAGUGUAUAUCGACAAAAGUCCAUUUGACGCAACUGAAAGAAGGUAACUUUCAUAUCGUAACCGCGGACAACCGCAGUUCAUCAAGGAAUGAGGAGCCGUGCUCUUCUCGCAAUUAACAGCCUGAGUCGCGAAAAUACCUCGAUGCAUGUAGAGAAUAUGUGGUAUUGCCUGAAAUUUUCAAAAUUCAUUGUGACGGAAGCCGUGUAUCAUUCUGAAGGCUUCUAUAGGCGAAUGCCGCAUUUUUACGCGCAUAUUCCAGCGGAAGCAUGUCGAAACAUUUACUUUCAUGCAAUCUCAGAAAGUGUGGAAUUACUGAAACGGACAACACUACAACUCGACAGACAACUAAUUCAUUUCGCGAUUCAGAACAGUCCAGCGAAGUUACAAACACAACGCGUGGUGGCCCAAAAAAAGCACGCGUACGCCGCAAUUAUAAAGGGGAUUUUGUGGAACCUGCUUUACCAUAGAAAAACCUAACGAACCCAGCAACAUAUAACGGCACCAAACGCAUCAUAAGUUUAUUCUUAGUGUUGGUAAUAUAAAUUUCUGUUAUGGACAUAUUUUACACCAUAUAGAGCAAUCUCUGAGAGGCAAAACAGAUGACCAACGGAUUUUCUAAAAUCUUGAAAUAAAAAUUGAUGCAUAUCUGAAAGACAUAAAGGUGUCGGAAUUUGAAAGACAUAACUGGAAGUUCUGGGUAUAAUUAACAGAAAAACCGAGCGUUUUCUCAUUAUACAAAGAUUUGGAAGCAGAAAAAGUCUUAAAUCUAAAACAUCUCCCGUCGUGGCCUUCCUUUACCAAAACAUUGUGUUUUAAACACUGCAAUCUUCAGUAAACUCCAAAAUCGUUAGUUAUAAAUCGCAACAGCAAACAUCUAAUGAAGCGUAUACACAGCUGAAUGAGGACACACUGAUUAAUCACUACAAUGCAAUGGAAGGCCGAGCCGCAAAUGUAUAGUUACUGGUGUCCAUUUACACGACUACAAGAAUCCGCAAACGUAAGACUAAUCAUUUAUACAAACGUCAGCUGGCACUCCCAAAUGUCAUGCACACAUCGGAAAUCCGUAGACAUGGUUUUCCACCAACCACACUGUGGGUGCACCAAGUCGGUGACAAUCACUGGCAAUGGUCUACCUUAAAGACAAAACACAUUCGGAAUCAUUUGUCUAAUCUGAUGGAGUUACCCGCCAAGUAGUAACUAUAGAAAACGGAAAAAUUACUUUUCAGUUAACGAUUAGACAAAUUUAAACUGUGCCGAGUAAAAACGAAAAACGAAAAGUACGGCUCAGUCAGUUAGACUAGGCCACACUCCCAAGUCCAAAAAACUAAAAUAUUUUAUAUGAUUUGGAAACUGCGCGAGACAGGACCUGCUUGAAUGCCGGUUUACCAGUGUUACUGAUAAGAAAGCUGAAUGGCAUCUUGCGAACAUAUGCUGUGUCAGGUGCCUUACUGGACAGCACAGUAAGCAGAACUGAAAACGAGAAAUUGAACGCCACUUCCAAUAUAGUCUCAUCUGAGUUGUAAUCUCGAGAGUUAACGACCAGGCCAUUUGAUGUCCGGAAAUUUAAGAAUACGGUUGCACUAGUUAAAAAACAGCAAAGUAUAAUCUGCUGUUUUCUUAUAAAUUUGCACUCCGACACAAUUGAUUAAUUUACUUGUGAGGCAUGCUGAGGUUCAUAGUUUUCGAGACAUGAAUCAAGUUUUGUCUAAAUCCAAAUCGUUCGGCUUUUUUUAUCCCUGCUAAACUUCUAGUGUUUUUUUUUCAUAUCAAAACAGGAUUUGCGGACAUUGGAUCACACGUGUACGCAGGAAAAAGUAUUUAAUUGUGACCUUUCAUUAAAGGCCAAGUAGUUCGCAUAUCCGAAGUUGCAUUUUACAGAACACUUAAGUCCCUCGAAAAAAGGUGUACAAACUGCUUCACUCAUUAGGAGGAAGCAGAAAAGGUUAAACAUAGUCUAGAAGAGCGUCGUAUGAUGUCCAAAAAUGGGUUAGCAGCUCGACCAAAGUUGCAUUUUACGUCGAUAGACAUUUACUUCAUUUUAUUUAUGUUUCUCUUUUGUGCAUCAGUGCUAGCACACCAAUGAAAUUUGUCAGCGGGCCAAUAAAAACAACUAUACGCAUUGAACGCACCGAAUUGAAAAACAGAAUAAUUUUACUGAACCAAUGAAGAUAAACUCAGAGGACAAAGUUGGGAAAAGCGGAUUAAUCAAAUCCGACAGGUCCUUCAAAAAGAUGGCAUCACAGUUGCGCUCUAACUAACGCUAUUUUGAGCGACUUACCGACCUUGGCUAUGGUCACGCUCCGAUUCGUAUACGAUUCGAUUAUGACAGGCAAACCGUUGGCUGGUAUGGCAGCAACGUUGAUAUAUUUAGUCAAUUUGGGAGUUAAGUUGUAAAGUUUCACGAAAUGUAGGUAACUGUGAUUUAGAAAGGGAACUAAAUCGCAAGAUAUUAGUUGCACACAGGAUGCAAACAGAUUAUUAUUUACCAAUAAAUGUACAAAAUAAUAGGAAUAUUCAGCAGUUGAUAAGUUAUAAGCAUUUACUUCAAAUAUUUACGACUACGCAAGCGGUCCGGAAAACGCAUAUUAUUGUUUCAUUGUUUUUAUGGUCAGAUUUCGAUCGGAUUCAAAUAAUCUCUCUCCUUAGCAUUAUUACUCACGAGAUAAUGCAUAUAAAAGGCUGCGAAGUUCACCUCGAUAGCUGAUCAAUGACUAAACCGAACAGAGGUGUUUGCCUUUUAACAGAACAAAUUGCAUCGAGACGAAACUUUUGACAACAUCGCCAUGUACGCCAGGAUAUAUCUCGACAGCGAACACCUACUUAAGCAAGCGCCACCUUUAAGCACUUUAAAAGACUGACAUCAAGUAUUUCAAUAGAAGAUAUUUCCAAAAGAUGACUUUCAUAUAAUUUAGUAUUUCUAAAUGGGCGUGAAGUAGUGAAUAUAUAUCUCUUUGAUGAAAUAGUUAAUUUACUUUACAAUAAGCAUUCGCAAAGGGAAAUCUACAUUUACCAAAAAGCAUUUGACUUUGCAGUCAGUCUCUACAAUGGACAAGUAAGCCCAAAAUAUAGUUCUGAUUUUCUGAUCCACUAUAAUCUGCUGGUGAUGUUCCUAAACACUUUGGCCUGUUUUUCAGUUGAAUAAAAUCAUGUGCUGAUUUAAAUUUUAUUUGAAGCGUAUAUACAGAUGGCCUUGUUUUUCUCACUCAACAACUGGAAUUUGUUCACGAAUCAGUCUAUUUGCUGAAGUUCUUAUCUUUUUAGCCCGAGCAAUCUCUUAUUUUGUAGUUCCUUUGAUGAAUGUGCCGACGACUGACCGAGCACUUUUUCCAAUAAAAGAGCAACUGCAAAAGUUGUUCAACAUUUAUACACUUCGAGGUAAAAACAACCUUUACGCAAGUAACAAAAACAACAAAAUAGUUGACAGGAAAAUCUGGAACGUUCAAAGCAAGUUUGUACAUCGAGCGAUCCGAAAAAUUUUCGUACUUUCGGUCAGUAUGGUUUGUAGCCAGUAAGUUAAUAAAAUGAGUAGAAGUUUGACAAAAUAUUCCAUAGCAUGGUUGCCAUCGCAUCUGUCUGCUUGUGUUAACGACCCAAUAAAAGUCCGUAUAUUUCAAACAUUUGCACUCAGAGGAAAAAACAAAAAAAGGCAAAUAUAUCAUAUAAAAUAAUGCAACGAUCGGAUAAAGGACUCCAAACAUGCAGCCGACCAGCCAAAGGUGCCUGUCUUACUGGAAAGGUGGUAGAAGGGGUUAUAAGGGCGGGGCCUGUGUAUGCAUAGAGGAAUGGCAAAAUAAGUAUAGAUAAUUGGUAAAUUCGUUUUUAUGGCGGAAAAAUUUUGAUGCAUUGAUAUGCAGAAACCGAAAUUGGGCCGGAAAAUUAAUUAAAAUAAAUAUUAAGUGUGUACAUCGAUCGCUUCUCAGCUAUCUGAGCUUAGGUCAUUGUAGAAAAUCCACCAGACCGUCUACGACAGACGAUCCAUCUUUGGACGAUAAAACACCAAACCGAAAUAAUCAUGCCGGACUAAAACCCACUUAAAUAAGUGUAGUUGGUAUGCUUUAUAUGCCACAGAUGCUUGGGGUCCUUCGCCCGAUCCUUGCCUAAAAUAAUUACUUUACAACGUUCAAACAUGCAAACAUGGAUAAUAACUUUGAUUGUCAUAAGUUGGAAAAAAGGCGACAUUACCAUGUGUCGCGCCUUUCGUUCACCAAUAGCUGUAUUGUUUGUGAAAGAAUCAACCGAAUUCCAAACAUUUUUGCUUGAAAACGAUGGUUUCUGUAAAAAAUUCAACUCGUCAUCUGUUUGCUUUAUACUCAUUUUGUCGUCUAAUUUUGAUCAACUUAAAUAAUGAGUGAAAAUUCCGUUCUCCCAUUAAAUGUUUCUUACUUGUAUUCCUUUCGCCCACAAAUCCCGAAGUCGACAUAUACUCAUGUGACUUCGAUGAAUAAAUAGAUAUAAACUCUCCCAAUCAUUUUAAUAAAAGGCGCACACUAAAGCAACGAGAAAUUUUUUCAGAAGUCGGCCUGCGUAUUGCAUGCAUGAGCACGUACACGCAAGGACUGGCGGCGGCUAACAGUUAUGCAACACCUCCACCUACGAGGCAGUUUACUGCCUUUUAGUUGGCGGUAUAUAAAAGGUAAUAAUGGCUGACCUACUUCACAUGUAGGCAAGACCAUACUGUCUUUCAUUUAUAUUUAGCAUAUUCUAUGUUGAGUUAAGCACUUGAAAUGGAAGGUCACUGCCUAUGUUGCUGAUAGAAAAGACCAAGCUUAAGAGAGCGAAAGUGUCCGAAUGUUUCGUUUAAUGCGAUGAUUUAGGUAAUUUAUGACUUCUUAUGGACAUCUGUCAAAAAAGGAAUACGUCUUUGUGUUGACAUUUUUGUUACUUGGUUCUUUUCGUUGACAUUCGCAGUCCGCGGAGAAUUUAUGGCUUUGGAUCCCCUUCAAAUUCUUUUGAAGUUCAGUAUGUUAAAUGUGACAGUGACAUUGGUUGGCUGUUAAACGGCGUAACUGACCAAACCACCGUGGAACAAGACGGACGCAAAAGAAAAGGAGUAAAAAAGGAGGCCAUUGCAGGGAUAAGGCAUCAAGUUCCAAUAAACGAACUUUAUAAAUGAUAUACGCGAGUACUUGUACACCUCUUCAGGAUCAUUGCCCACCCUUCUCAGGAAAUACCGUUGCAAACGAAAGCGGUUACUUUUGCCGAUCAGUACCUUAUGACAAUGUGCAGCACAGUACGUUUGACUGUGCCACGACUAAUAUCAUGUGGAAAUUGUCUCCCGAGAAAACGCCUUGGAGAACAGCAGCCUAUUCAUUCGAAACGGUUAUAACCAAAUGUGGCCUGCCAAGUAGAAAUUGGACGACGUCCUCUUUUAACUAUAACUCUUAAAGUCACGUUUAAAUAAUGUUCUUCAGGUUUCCUUGCUCUCAGACAUAACAGAGCGCUUUUGUUUUAUUUUGAAGACUCUUGGUCCAGUGCUCACGUAGGCAGCCACUACUAAUAAGAAAGUCGGCGGAAUGGCCAAUGUUUGAUUAUUUGCCGUCAGCAGCAGGUGCUAACCAAGUUUCAAAACGGGUAAUGGCGAGGCUAAACACUACUUGUUGAUCUUACAGACAUAUGCUAGUUUCCACUUUUAUAUGGUUUGAACUGAAUUUAUGGGCCUUGUAAUUUUAGAAAUACAUACGUUUUGUGCAUUGAAAACGUCCCUGGUACAAGUAAUAUGUGAUAAUUUAAAGUCAGGGACAAAAUGGCAACUAUGGCGAACGAGAACUGUAUGAAUGUCCCUCACCACAAAAUCAGGAAGACGUAGAAAUGUCAAAGUCCGGCGGUAGAUGAACAUAUUUUUGCAUGGUCAUGUUAAAGUGGGGAGUAAUCUGUGACAUUAACAAUAUGCCAAUUAAAAAGUGAUCUAGAUGUUUCAAGAACACGUAAGGUCAACAGAGGACUGUCCCGUUUGUGGGUCAAACUUCAGUACAAAUUAAUACUUGACAGUAACGUGGCGUAAUUAUGGACACGGAGAUCAGCGGUUAAUCAUUUCGAAGGCAAAUGCAGAAGCAUAACUUAUAACAGAACCACUCUGUAACCCAAAAUGUACAAAAUCAUUGAGAUGGAAACCGACAAAGUUUAUUGAUAAAAGGCUUCAAAAUUAAAUAUACUAAUAAGCCUGCUACAUAAAGUUGCGCUUGGCAACAAAAAACUGAUCAACAUUGCAGUUCAUUUUACGUAGUUAGCUUGGUAUAUCAAGUGUCUUGGGAUUCCAGAUGUCAACUGAGUGGUUCGUUUCGUAGGCAUGUUAUCUUAAUAAUAAGGUUACUGGUAAUUAUAUCGUCUGUAGUAACUGAUAAAUUUUUGUAAUCCGUAGGGCGUGCCACUCAUUUUGUUCCAGGCCCGACGAUCAAGACUUCAAAGGAACAAAAUGUGGCCACUCCGAUCCUAUCGGAAUAGGAAUGUCAUGGAGUCUGCAUGAGAGUCUGACUCUCCAUCCUGAGAGAUUCGGGGUAUCUCGUCAGUUGGAGACCUUCUUAGUCACGACUAUGAGGGUACCGCGAUACAGAAGAUGAAGAUGCGGUCACAGGAACAAGAAGUUUAUUUGCCUGACGCUUCGGAUUCUCACUCGAAUCCAUCAUCAGAGACAUUCGCAGAUAAAGGUGAUGGUGGCACUCGGAAUGCAGUAUUUAUAGCACGUGGCUGCCGUGGGACCGCAUGCGCACUGCAAUUAACAGUUCUCAGAAUCACCGCUGGGGUCAUAUUUGAUGCGGUGGUGGAUUUUCGGUCCGAGUCCGACACCACAGACCAAAAUUCUGGGCUCGGUAUGUGGAUGGCACCUUCGUCGUCAUCGAACGGAAUCAGGUGCUGACGUUCAAAGAACAACUCAACGCCGUCUUCCCGGACAUUCAAUUAACGAUGGAGGAGGAGGAGGAGGAAAACAAUCAGCUGGCCUUGCUGGAUGUCCUCGUCUGCCGCAAAGAUUGUAGUGGCCUAAAAACCAGUGUUCAGGAGAGCGACAAAUACGACGCAAAUAUUGAACUUCAAUAGCAACCGCCCGAUCAGUCACAAACGCAGUUACAUAAGGGCGCUAUAUCAGCGCGUUGAGACGCACUGCAGUGAAAUGUAAGACAAGGUUGCUGAAGUACAAUAUCUUCGACGGGUAAUGGGAGCCAAUGUUUACCCGCGCAACUUUGUCAACCAGUGCAUACGGAAAGGCCACCAAAAACCAAAUCCAACCGGCCCCAAAUUUUGGCGGGCUCUUCCGUACGCGAAGAACGUCUCGGAAGCCGUCAGUCGUCUUCUCACUCCACAUGCAAUUGGCGUUGCCAUAGACCAGAAGCAACUAUUAGGCGCCAAGUCAUGAGGCCAAAAGACCCGCUGCCACGGCAGGAAACGUCUGGAGUCGUUUACCGGAACUCGUGUAGUUGCGGACAAAGCAAUUAUGUCGGGAGACUGGGAGAUUACUCCGUACGCGAAUUGCCGAGCACGUAGCAGCAAUGAGACGGGGAGACGCUUACUGUCAGGUGGCGGCACACUUAACGGGACCCGGCCAUAUUCUCAAAGUUCAAGAGACCGAAAUCCUCCCCAGGAGUGACAACCGUGUGAGCCGCAAACUGCUCGACUCAUGGUUCCCAGGCCCGCAAUCCAUCAACAGGCACAAUGACCUCCCGGUACCAUAUACCGUACUGCGAUUUUCCCGGAGCAGGAGAAUCAGUCAAGUGGGGAGGGCGCGGGCGACAGUGAGCCAGCUUGCCGAGCAAUCGUCACACCAGCAUCCAGCACGAAUGACGAAAUCACGGCAAUUAACGACUCGGGCUCGGACCGACAAGCCACCACCGCAUCGAUUACGACCCCAGCGGUGAUUUCGAGAACUGUUAAUUGCAGUGCGCAUACGGUCCCACGGCAGCCACGUGCUAUAAAUACUGCACUCCUGGUGCCCCCAUCACCCUUAUCUGCGAAUGUCGCUGAUGAGUUAGAAUCCGAAACGUCAGGCGAAUAAAUUUCUUGUUCCAGUGAUCGCAUCUUCGUCUUCUGAACUGCUAACUGGAACUCGCCUAUUCACUUCUAUCGGUACCGCGAUAGUUCAAAAGUACAUCGGAUUGUUCGAAGUUAGCAAUAACCGUUGAGUGCCGUGGAGGGCAGCCCCAGAACUCGACAAAACUCUCUCUCAGGCAUCAAUCCGCUGUUCGAGUCGAUAAAAGAUCUGAUACUGUAGGUGAAUUACGGAGCCAAGCGUCCCAUCUAAGCCUACAAAUCACCACCUGCGUCAGAACAGCCAUCACCUGCGCAAGUAAGUGGUGACAAAAACCUAUCUAUGUCUUGGACAGCACAGUUUCAACCGGGGCGUAACGGCCUAAUAUUCCCGAUUCACUCGCCAUGCCGAAUUGCCGGUUUCUUUAUCUUGACUCUAUGUCUUUUGUAGAAUACUGGAGGUGUAUACAGCGUGCAUAGCUAAAGAACCAGAUGGUAAUGAACGGAGAGUGGUUGCAAUAGACAUCAAACGACUUCAACUAGUGGCAAGUGUUAUGACAGCGACGUUAGCAAUAUGCAUAUGGUCCCCAUCGAGAAAAUCAUAGCAACUCGCAAACUGGUUUUUUGAACUUGGCUCUAUCGUUAGUACUAUGGCGUAGACUGUCUACUAAGGUUUUUCAGUAAAAAUUUGUUUCCAAGUAAUACGUAUAUUAAACUAAAGAGGACAAAGUGGCCCGAUAUGUCACCGAGAAAUCUUGGUUCUACCAAAACGUCUGCUGUUUGCGAUCAGUGCUUUUGACGAUCAGGGAGUUUCAUUCAGACAUCAAGCUCACAUUUUACGUAUUUCAGCCAAACUUCGCUUUAUUCUCUUCUGGAAUGAUUCAUCAUAUUUCCGCGAUUUGUAAAAAAGUAUAAAAUCACCGAAAAGAAGAUAAGUUCGUAAAAAAAUAGCCAUAAAAAAGACCGUUGGAUAAUCAUUCGGUCGGGAUAAUUGUUUUUAAGGCUACAGUCAAUUGUGACAGAUGACGGCACUCAUGUCGACAUACUCCUCUUUCCGGAUAAUAACUCGGUGAGAAAAUGGGGAGUAAAAAAUGAGGAGUACCAAUUAAAGAAAUCUACAAAGGUCCUCAGCGGUUUGUUUUGCCUACAGGUUUUUUUUGUAGAAACCGUAACUAAAGCCAAUAUCCAGUAUUUUACGUAAAGUCGAAAAUUUUAUGUGCGAGUGACGUUAUUUGCUUACUUUACUUACGUCUACAUAGUUUCAUCAAAAUAUGUCCAGAAUAAAUUGGCAAGUCCACGUUUUUUGUGACCAUCGACAGAUAAAGCAAUUGUUAUUUUGUCCUUAUUCGAAGUCGGUCAUUGAGGUUGUUUUUUAUAAUGAGGCGAAGCUAGACUUCCGAUUUCCUGGCCUUUGAUAAAAAAAUUAGGACAUUUUUUAAAUACCUAUACAAAUUGUGAUGAAGGAUGUGUUAUGAUUGCUUCACUUUUUGGGAUGGGAUAUAAAAGCUGACGUCUCUGCACAGAACGACUUAAAUCCACAUGUCAGGCCUAUUAACUAUGAGUACCUGAUCGAAUUUUUACAAUGAAAAUUGGCUGAUCCCUUACUGAUGAAGGCUCAAAUAACAAUGCAUUUUAAAAUUGACUUUUCUGUUUUUUUCAAGGGAUAGGUCAUCCAAUACUGCCAUCGGAAUCACGAAUUUCUUCUGUUUUUGAAAAGAGGAUAUGUUAGAGAAACAAAGAUAGAAUUGCUUGAGAGAUAGUUUGUCGUCUUUUUUGCUGUUCUAGUCGCAAACCCAUUUUCAGAGACAGCAAAAUGCAAAGGCGUAGGACACCUCACAUUCAAACUAUCCAAAAUUUCAGUUUGUGCUUUCAUUGCAGGUUGUUGUACCCCUCACAAUGAUUGCUUUAUUACUUGCAUCUGGUUUGUAAGUGGUCGCGACUUCGUUAUCAGAAUUGUUGGUAUGAUAAUGGCCCUUUAAUUAAAGUCCGGGUUCUCCUUUAACUCCUUAAAGGCUAAACGUUUCACAGGAGGCGGAACUACGUAGGUCCCGUUCGCCGUUCACCGACAUGUAUAGCUACCUUCGACCUCCAUAUUCGGCUCUAGGGCUGGACAGUCACGCAUGGAGUGCGUCAGUGAGCAUUUCUUUCGAUGACCGUAGUAGCGAUCUCACAUACCCCGCCAUUAUUACGUCGAACAACAGCACUGAUGAUAAGAUCAUGACAACUGACCACUGGGGCUCAGAUGAAAAAGCGACAGUCCCACAAAACUAACAUCUGCGAUGAAUGCGAGGUCACCAAAAGUGACAGCUGCGUGGCUGCCUAGUAUAUAUCGGAUACACGUACAGCCGUUACCCUUGCUUGUGGUUGUAUAUUGUGGUGGGUUUGUGGUUUACUCUGAGGCGUCAGACGAAUAUGAUCUUUAUCUCUGGCAGUCGACUUCGCGUCCAUUUAACAAAAUGGUAUAGAAGAGCCACUUUCAAUUCUCCCCGUAGGUACAACUGCAAAUAAGACAGAGUCUGCAGACGCUGACUCAUUGUAAAGUGAAGUGAUUCUAGGAAAACGAUAGAAGUACAGAUUGACAUAAGGAAACAAUUCUUCAAAAUUGCUAAUAAAUACAAAAUACAAACGUCAGUAGUAGCAGUACCUUCAUUUGGAUGCCGUUGACAUUGACCCAAGAUUUAGGCGACGGUAUGUGCAUGAACUCCGUUUUAUCCGUGCUGAUGCUCAGCCCGAAGUUGGCACAGCCGGAGGGGAAGAAUUCCAUGCCUCGUUGCAUAUCGGCGUCUAUCACUGUGUCGAGCGCGAUAUCUUCCGUUAAGAGCAGGUCGUAGACAGUAGUCGUGAAUGGACGCGUCGCGGUCUGCCUCCGUCAAAUACUGAGAAGAUAGCCAUCGGCACUGUAGACUACACAAAUGCAGAGAGCCCUCAUCCCGGCAGGCGUCCACCAGCAUGAAUGAGGAGGGUGAGAGUAAGAACUCAGCCCUAAGUCACUCUGUUGGUCACUUUAAAGGUGUCUGAGACGGCCCAAUUAUCUGUAAGUGCGCCGUCAUUCGGUCGUGGAGAGCCGAAUAUCUGCAUGAUUUUCUAGAGUCCAUUGCGAUUUGCCGUGUCGAAUGGUUUCGUUAGAUCCACAAAGAUAGUGUAGAAGUAGGUUCGCAUUUCGUGCUAUUCCUCUUGCAAAUGGCGAGCAGCAAAUAUCGUCUGUGGUUUUGCAGAGUCGUCGGAAGAAACACUGCUUUUUCUGGGUAAGUCCCUAUUCUUGAUAGCCGCCGACAAGGUUAAGGGGAAUGCUAGCGAUAUGAAGCAACAGAAUUCCUCUGCAGUUGUAAGAGUGCCUUCGGUUCCCUUUUCUCUUGGAGAUAUGGAAGAUUGUUGAAUCCUUAAAAUCCUGAAGAACUUCUCCGCGGCAUGCUAUUUUCUGGAAGAAAGCUGUAGUUUUUCACCAGCCGAAGGCCGUAGUCCCUGUAAACAUUGGACGGAAUCGCGUCGAAUCUCGAUGCGUCACCUCUGAACAGCUGGUGAAUGGUUCUAAUGGUGUUUGGAAGGGAAGGCGGGAGGUCUACGAUGAGUGACCGAUCUCACGAAAUGUUGGCUGAGAUUCUAAAAUGCAUUUUCGAUUAGGAAGAAUUUCUUAGGCGCGGUUGUAAUGGUUAUUAUCAUGUGGCAUAAUCCUAAAAUAUUUCAGACUUGGCGGGAUGUCGGCUUUUGAAUACACAGUUCUUAAAUCACCUGUACAAACCGAAGUCGGUUAAAAAUGAUUGUUUAAAUAGCAUGCACUCUUCACACUAAUGGUCGAUGGUCUUAUCAAUUCAAGUAUAUUUAAAAAAAGGGGAAAAAAUUAUCUUUUUUACUCGCGUAAUGGAAAAUCACGUCCACUUCAUAUUUCAUACUUAAAAACAAGUAUAACUGGGUUUUAAAUUUUCCUCUAAUUCCCGGACAACUUAGAGCCCGGUCAGUCGUUGCAUUAGCGCGUAGAUAUUUAAGUCUACAAGGUGCAUGCAUUCCGCUAAAGAAAAUCGCAUAUUCUUCUAUGCCUUUAAAAAGAUACCACACAGAGUCCAUAAAAUUUUGCAAUGGAUGCAGACUGUAAUGAACUUUUCAUGAGGAGCAGUGGUAAACGGACAGGUCCGAUGCUGUUUGAACGGACACUGAACGGCCUUAAAAAUCUCAUAAUUAUAAACUUUUUAAAAGCUAAUUAUACUCCUUCCUGGAGUAUAAAAUACAAAGAUGACGUGAUUCUCUAUCACACGACUGAAACAAAGCAUAUUUUUGUUCAUGAUAAAUAUAAAAUAUAUUUGGAUUUGCCAGACCAUUAAAAGUCAAUGGGAAAAAUGUAUGAUACACAAGUAGUAAUUUUUACCGGGUACGGUUUCUACGGGAGAUUAAAAAGCAGUGCAUUCAAUCGCGCCUAAGUACUCCUAUCCUAAUCGAAAAUGUAUUUCAGAAUUUCAGUCAACAUUUUAUGAGAUCGGUCACUCACUGUGGGUUGUUGUUCGUGCCCCCUUGAGGGGUCUGUUCGAUUGUGGCGUCAGGAAUCCUAGGUAGGUGGUUAAGGACACUUCUGGAGUGCACUGCCCAGCGUUUCAAAGGCUGCGAUUUCUCCGGCGAAUGUGUUGUUCCAUCGGGGCUGAGAAAUGGAGCCGCAGAGUGCCUUGGUUAUAGAGCGUAAAGUCUUCGUUUCACUCCUGGAUUCCCUCGGCUUCUGUUUGUUUACGUUCUUCGACCGCGCGUUUCGUAUCUGCUAGUCACGGUAUACUGGCAGUUCGAACGGUUCCCUAGAAUUUAUCCAGAGCACCUUCUCUAAUCCUUACCUUCCGGGGAGUACGUAGCGCUAUUCCUUAGUAGUAGCUGCCGAUCUCCGCUAUGAGUCACGGUGUUUUCGUGGAGAUUGGACCGAGUUAGUCGUGCUCGCGUGCCUGAUUGCAUGUCGUCCCCUCCGUAGAACCCUUCGAAGUGAAGGGGAGGGAGGGGAGGAAAGGGAAAGGGAGAGGGAGGGAUGGGAAUAGGAACAAAAUUACUGGAUGUAGGGCUACACAACAUAGACACAUGCAUUUGGAAUAGCCCGCCGAUCGAGUCAGUUAGAGGCGUGUGGCUGCCAGUUAAAGGCGAACAUCGGGGAGAGGUAGAUAACAGUCAGGUUGUCAUUUAAGGACUAUGAGGAGCAGCCACGAUUUGUAUGAUGCCACCCACCAUACAUAUGUACAAGGGUACCGCCUAGCUGGAAGCCCUACACCCAAUGAAUCUACUCGGUCUUAUGCGCCUUCAUGAAAAUUUGCGUUUAACCAACGUAGAGUAGAACACUUCAUCACGCAUUUCUCCAUGAGCACGUGCGGCACACAUGAACACACGCGACAUCACCCAAAGCAAGCAAAACACACGUAAAUGUAAAGUGUGUUCUUCGGUUUCUUCAUGCACCUCCUCUGCUACAUGCAAGAUUGGAGGGUCGAAUACCUACGUAAAGUCUCCGUGUGUGCGUGUGGAAAAGGGGUCAGGUCGUUUGUGUGGAACAUGCAGACAAGAUUCUUCCAUUUCUCUUAGUCACCUCGCGUAGUCUCAGCAUCGGUUGGUUGACCGAUCGACUAGUGCACAGAAAAGAAUAGCACGAUCAAGGUCGCCGACUCAGCGCAUCUUCCUCGCUAUAGACAAUCUGGUGCGCAGGAAACUAUCCCGCAGCGCUAAAAAUCGCGUCUUAGGAGGCUGCCAACUGCCGGGAUAAUUCUGAUCUCACAGUCAGCUAAGCAAGUAUUUGGGUGGAGUGGCAAACUGAUGGACUGAGUGCCAGGCUGAAAUGACUCCUUCUCAAUGUGACCUCUAUGGUACUCUCACUUAAUGGUGUCCAAGUCUUGGUGGUGGUACGCGCUGAGGUGCUGGUUUUCGCGUGCCAGCCACUUGCUCCCUCUCCUCCCCCGGUUUUCUGUCAUGACACGAGAUUUAGGUGGAGCAAAAACAAGGGGUACGGCAAAUGCUGCCAAAGUCUACUAUCAAUAUAAACGGAGUCCGGCGCAAGUUACCCCCCCACUACUCUCAGCCUACUGUGGAGCACAAAAUGGACAUCGUCAAAAGGGACUGUCAGACUGUCAAUCGAACCUAUCAUUCCGACUGAAGGAUGAUAGUGAACAAACGUGGAAAGCUUCGACUGAAUCUGAGUUUGAGCGUUUGAUAAGUCGCAAGAAUAAAAACUGUGUUAUAAUUCUAGCGAAAAAUGUCAUAUGCCUUUUCAAGUUCACACAUCGACAACAAACGUAAAUAUCCAUUUCAGAUUGUUCAACGUUUGUCUUCCAUGGAAUUCAGCUACAGCUGUUUAAACAUACUUUUUUUCCGCUAACAGUUUCCAUUUUUACAUUUUUCGCGCGGAAGCCAAUCGAUCUACGCAGAAGUCGCGGAAAGUUGAUUCAAAUAAAAGAUGGUCUUCUAGGUGCAAGCCGAACUGUGAUUUUUUCGAGGCCUCAGAACAAAAUUCCAAGGUUACUUUUCCGUCAGUUUAUAGGCAAACAUAAGGAAAUUUUGAUUAGGCCGGCCAACCAUUUCAAGUUGUUCCGCAAGUGAGAUAAGUGUCCUAACUCAUAAAAUGCUAACCAAAUUUCCGAAAUGCGUUUUAGACCCGAAAGGAUUAUUGAAAUAGCAUUGUAACAUUAACCGUCAUGCAGCAUAACCUUAUAAGAAUUCAGUUACUUUAGAAUAUCUGUGAAAAAUGACUACUUAGCAAACACACAUUUUUGUCAACGAUUUCCGAGAUGAGUUCAAUUAGAUUUCGUUGAAAGCAUGCACAAAAAGAUUCACUCUGGUUGCAGCUAACAAGCGAGUUCCAGUUAGCAGUUCAGAAGACGAAGAUGCGAUCACUGGAACAAGAAAUUUAUUCGCCUGACGUUUCGGAUUCUCACUCGAAACCAUCAUCAGAGACAUUCGCAGAUGAAGGUGAUGGUGGCACCAGGAGUACAGUAUUUGUAGCACGUGGCUGCCGUGGACCGUAUGUGCACGGCAAUUAACAUUUCUCGCAAUCACCGCUGGGGUCGUAAUCGAUGCGGUGGUGGCUUGUCGGUCCGAGUCCGAGUCGUUAAUGGCCAUGAUUUCGUCAUUCGUGCUGGAUGCUGGUGUGACGAUUGCUCGGCAGGCUGGCUCCUUGUGACUGUGAUCGUUGCUCGCGCGCGCCCUCCCAACGUGACUGAUUCUCCUGCCCGGAAAAAUCGCAGUGCGGAAUAUGGUACCGGGCUGGAAACAUCUGUAGUCGUUUACCGGAUCCGGUUUAGUUGCGGACAAAGCAAUUGUCGGAGAAACUGGGAGAUUACUCUGUACGCCAAUUGCCGAGCACGUUGCAGCAGUGAGGCGGGGAGACGCUAACUCUCAGGUGGCGGCGCACUCGAUGGGACCCGGCUAUAUUUUCAAAUUUCAAGAGGCCAAAAUCCUGGCAAGGGGUGACAACCGCGUGAGCCGCGAGCUGCUCCAGUCAUGGUUUUCAGACCCGCAAUCCAUCAACAGGCACAAUGACCUCCCGGUACCAUAAACCGUACUGCGAUUUUCCUGGAGCAGGAGAAUCAGUCACGUGGGAAGGGCGCGGGCGAGCAAUGAGCACGGUGACAGUGAGCCAGCUUGUCCAGCAAUCGUCACACCAGCAUCCAGCACGGAUGAGGAAAUAGCGGCCAAUAAAGACUCGAACUCGGACCGAUAAGCCACCACCGCAUCAACUACAACCCCUGCAGUGAUUGAGAGAACGGUUACUUACAGUGCGCAUACGGUCCCACAGCAGCCACGUGCUAUAAAUACUGCACUCCUGGUGCCACCAUCAUCUUCAUCUGCGAAUGUCUCUGAUGAUGGUUUCGAGUGAGAAUCCGAAACAUCAGGCCAAUAAUUUUUUUGUUCCAGUGAUUGCAUCUUCAUUUUCUGACGAUUUACUCGUUUAUCCCUUUCGUGAAAAUUUACUUCUGCACUAAAUUUCAUAUCUGAAGAAAAGAGAUACUUCAAUUUUAAAAAAAGUUCCUUAUUGUGAGAGUUUUUUAAACUGAAAUAUCUAUUUAUAAAACAUCGUGUGUCUGCAUUUAUUAAUGUUACUUUAAAAAUUUAAAAUAUUGCUCAAACCUACUGACGUGUUCUAAGAACUCCAUAUAGUCUCUUCGAGUAAGAUAUAGAAAUGUAUGAUUCUCCGUACAAUUAACUAUACACCCUUUGAUUUCGAAAGGUAACGUCGCAUGAGAUUUAGAAUUUUUCGGGAAUUUGGAAAGUUUUUUAAAAGCGAACUAUACCUCGUCCUUAAAGAUAAACUUAAAGAAGACGUAAUUGUCUAUCACACGAGCAAAAGGAUAAAUAUUCUUAUGCAUGCUUUCUAUGAGAUAUAUGUGAAGUUUCAAAGACAUCGAAAAUCAAUGGGACAAAAUCCUGCUAAUUAUGUAUUCAUUUCUCAGGGUGAAGUUUUUUCAGACUGCCGAAAAGAAGUUAAUUUAAAAGCUGGCACCCUGAGGUAACUGAAUUAUUACGGGAAUAUGCUGCACGAUGAUUAAUAUUACAGGCCCACCCAAGUAAUCUUUUCGAGUUAAAAGCGUAUUUCAGAACGUUGAUUAACAUUUCAUGAGUUAGCACAUCUACUGUAACGCGCAGAGCCCGAAUAUUUCGAAAUUCCAAUAAACCGUGGCCUGUGCGACCGCCCACAAGAUAGCUUGGUAUAAGACUUUACAUAGACGCAAUUUAAAAUGGCAUAACUCUCAAACAGUUGAUUAUUUUACUUUUAACAACUUGAACUUUUUGAAAUGCAUUCGAGUCAAAGGCGAACGGAGACUAGUUCAUUUCUAUAUCUGCUGGGGUGUUUGGGCGGGUAAGGUGAAUUUAAAAUUUGGAUCCUCAAUAAGACAAAACAUUUUGGAAAGCAAUUAUUCCACACAUGACAUAAGCUUUGCGCUCAUAACUACAGACCUACAAAAUCUAAAAAAACUGUUUUCAAAAUACCUUUUGGAAAUAAAUUGUAUAUUGACUUAAUGAAACCCAGCAGAGAUGAAGAAACACGUAACGGCGGUAAUCUGUCGCUGUUGGCCAUAGUUGAUUAAAGGUAAGUACUUGGACGGUAUAGUGAUACAAAUAAGCACUCAUGUCUAGUCAGAGCCCGAUAAAAAUUGUAAAAAUAAAUGAUAAAUAAUAUCCUGCAGUGAUACCAGAUGGGCGUAGUAUGUCAGUAAGACCAUAAAAGGAACUAAGGAGGAUCUAGAUGGUCACGCUGGGACUAGCAAAACGUCGUGCAUUUUUAGUACCUUACCGAUCUGUACUGAAAAAUGUGCGCUUUUGUAAAAAGUGUGUUUUUAGUUUAUUUCGUCGAACUGUCGUUUGUAAAUUUUGGCAGGUAACCACUUGAGUUACUUGCAGCCCAGGACCAACUCUGCAAAUCCAUGCAUACUUUAUUACCAUAUAAGAGUAAUUCGAACUUUAAUACUCAAUGAAAAAAUACUUGCCACAAUUGAAAAUUGAUUUUUCUCGCGCCAGAGUGACAUUUGAAAAGAACAUGUUAUUUUAUUAAACCAUAUGUUCUUAUCGAUAUAAUAAUUGAAGUUAUGUUUGUGUGGUUUUACGUUUCAUAAACAGCAAUGAGGACUUCCAUUAAGGUUUUUUUAAACACACCGACAUUUUCCUGCUACUUACUAUUUUUCAGUAUUUUCCCGUGAAAAAACACAUCUCCAAUGGACCUCCAUAACCCCUAUACACGCGGUCAGGGACUGCUUUCAUAGUCUAGUUGCUGCUUGUGCAUAAUUUAAAAACCAAACCAUCAAAGCACUGAUAGUUUGGCAAAGUCUUAGUAUUUAGAUGAUCAUUUUGUUGUGCAUUUACAACCUUGCAGCCGAGUCUAAAAGCAUGCGAUGAAACGAAAAAUGCCUCUUUUGUGAAGAAAACAGCAACGUAUUUUGUUUGCAGCCGCAACAUUAUCAGUAUUUGACAAGAAGAAGGAAAAUGCGACUAAAAGUCCCAAUUUCGCCAUUUAUUUUGGAAAAACUCAAAGUGCGUGGACAUUCAUUUUCAACUUAUCAUACAGAGGAAUUUUUUUAAGGGAACAACAGGUUAAAGAAUGAGUUCCGAGCACAUUCGAUCGUAUGCAUUGCCAAAUAAUCUUGGAGAAUUCUGUUUUAUGUCGAUGUAAGUACUCAUAUUUGGCCCGUCAACAAAUUUCACCCAAACGCCAGCGCCAUAAAAAGGCCUCCAAAACCGAUGCUUGUGUACAUAUUUGCAAGAAAUAUCCUAAUCUAAGAACUACGACAGAUAAAACCCUCAGUAACCAUUUUUGGGCAGUCGACAAAAAACAGUAAAAACUGCAAAGUAUUCAGUUCCGCUUCAAACACGGCGUAUCCAUCCGGCGCCAGACCUAAACUGUAAUUUAACUAAUGAGUACGUCUCUUUGUGCAUAGGAAACAGUGUCUUUAUGACUGCAUCUGCUGAUUCUGGCCGAAUUUGCUAGGCAUUUAACGGACUUUCAGCCUAUGAUCUUAUGGAACCAUUCGUGUCUUUGGCGUUUUGUUCAAAAAAUCAGUCGCAGUCAUUUUUAACUAAUUGCAUCCCAAAAAAUUCAAAAUUACGAAUCUACAUUAUGCCCUUGUGGAACGAUUGGGACGAUUUAAUUUAAUUUAACUUUAAUUUAAUUUUCGUAUCCCACCGAGGCGCCGAAAUUUUCACAGUUGGGUCAAUAGGAAUUAUUAAAAAUCUGCCAAAAUAUCGAUGGAUUACGUGAGUAUGGUAGUCAUCUGGUGGAUUCUAGGUGAAUAACUUAGGCAAUCCUGCUUGGGCAGUCAACUUACUGUAUCAGAUUUGGUGGAUUCCAGACGUUGCAGUAGGUUGGGCGGGUAACUUGACCCAAAUGGGAUUAAACUCGAGUCAUCCGGCGGGGUCUCGUAGCUCAGGUGGUUAGACCGUUGGCUGUACUAAAGUCUUCUCCUUACUGUGCGGGUUUGAAUCCCACCGAGGGGCCGACACUUUCACAGUUGUGUCACUAGGAAAUAUUUAAAAUCUGGGAAAAUAUCGAUGAAUUUAAAUACACGGUGCGCAAUCACCUAUAUAAGAUAAUGAAUUGAUCACCUGUCUUAGGAUAUAUUUUCCUCAAAUAUAUUUAAAAUUUACUGUGCUAGUCCUUAUUACGCUUGUUAUACUAAGUUUGCCUGGCCGUUUUUGUAGACGCGCCGCAGUUACCUCUGAAAAUCAAACCUAUGUGACACGAUUUUCUGCGUUUUUCGUAGUUCUGAUGUUUAAAAAGGUUAUUUGCAAACAACGAGCGAACUCUUUUGGCUUUCGAAUUUUACUUGAAUUUGCUUACUCUUGGCUCAGCCUUUUGGCCGAUGCAUUUGGGAUAGUUUUCAAGUGAAAACGAAUGUUUCAUUAACUCAUGAAUAUUAUUUGUUUUGGAUAACAUAUUGAGGCUACAUUUUGUCGUUGCUGUGGGUUAUUCGACUUUAUGCAACUUUCCAAAAGGAUAGAAUAUUUCAACUUUUUAUGCAAAACCUUAGCGAUCCUUAUUUAAACAAUCUCUUGCGCUUAAAUAUCCGAAAAAAGGCUGUUUUUUUCCAAGGGAACAAUGGCGCCCUGUUCCUCACUUUUAAAGAUUACGUUCUAUACACAGUGAAUGAUUAUUCUGUUAAGACGCGUUCUAAAAUCUUAGUGAAAAUACAAUCUAGGUUCGUCACGCAAAUAAAAGAAACAUGUAUUAAGGGGAUUCCUUUCUGAAAUUGAUCUAAAGACGCCAAUGAACGGCCCCCACCCCGAAAGGAAGCCAAAAAGUUAAAUUGCGCUAUAGGUUAUAUCCCAAACUGACUUUCUUCAUUAGGAACACUGUUGCUAAUUUGUGAAUGACAACAAAUCUAUGGAUUUUAUAUCAGUUACAUAUCUGAGACUCUAAUUUUAUUUCCCGUGAAGGAUAAUAAGGUAUUAGUAUUAAGUAAAACCGAAUUGAUAAAUUUUAACAUCUAGCGCUGUUUAAGCAUACACCAAUAUCUGUUGGAAAACAAACUCUGCCAGAAAAAUUGCGACAAACCUUUAAACAAUAAUAAUAUUGCGUCUUCGGUAGAACGAAUGCAAAAACGCCAUAAUCAGCAGCUAGAUGAAUGUUUUGCCAUUCAGUUUUCCUACGUCAGAGAAGUGCCGAAUACAGGACCUGUCAACAUGGCUACACGACUCGUGUCUAGUGAAUAUUGCUGGAGGAAGGUUGACAUAGAAUAUAAAAGCGCAGUCUUUUGUCCAGUCGUAAAGUUGGGAAUGUAGCCAACGUUGACAACAAUUUUUUGUUUGAUAUUAACACUAGAUAAAUAUCAUGAAAGGAACGAGAACUGCUAUAUUUUUGAUCAGAGAAUGACGGUAAACUGGCAAACGCGAAUGGUAUUAUCAUAAGUCAAGCAAGUGGUACACUUCAAAAAUAUGUAAAGGAGCUAAAUAAAUCGAGAUUAUUACAUUAUUUGGUUAAAUUAUGAAUUUCGUUAAUAUUUUACAAAGAGAAUUUAGCCUUUCUGGCAGUAUCACAUUUACACAUUCAAACGAGCCUACCACUUUUUCCGCAUCUCUCAGUCAACCUUCAAACAGGAAUGCUUGGAAAAGUCACGUGGAAACUCUAAAUGUUUAGGUUAACCACUUGAAUAUUUGUAUUCGCAUGAUGUCUCAGCGUGUAAGAGCACGCAAAAGCUGAUACAAAUCUAAACGGUUUUGAUUUUACGACCUUAUUUGCGGAAAAUCAAACGUUUAGCAACUUCUGGACGACCGGAAAUAAAUGGAAGAAUGCAGGCGGUACGGGUAAAUAUCUCAUCAAUUUCAAUGAUGUUUUUGAGAAUGUUGCGGAAUUUAGGGAGCAAAUGCGACAUAAAAAACAACGCAUCGCCCUCCGCAAGCCUGAAAUACAAGGCAAAUACUACAUUCCGUGCGUAAGUGAUUCAACCGUGGUCUGUGAAAACAAAGGCAGAAAUGGUCACAACAAAUGAAUUAAAAUAACUGGACUGAAGCUGCAGAAAGGCCUGAAAGAACAUCUCAUAGCGACUGGGCAUAUAAAUCUGGGCCCUCAUUUUAAUUUUAAGAUUAGAAAGAGGGAGCACGUUUUUCUGGCCGCACGAUAAAGGCAGACUUGGCUGAAGCAACAGACCAACUGAGAAAUCCUCCUUGUAGCCACCUGCAAAGCGCGGUAUCUCUCGUUCAUCACACGGAUGUUUCUGGCUAUUUACUAUGCCUGGUGGUUGAACCACUGAUUAUUCUAUAUAUUGCGGUUGCUAAAAUAAUUCGUGAAAGCUUUUUAUUCCCAAGCACUUGCGACUAAUGCGUUUGGGUAAAAUUAACGACUUGAUGACUGUCUUAUCAAAAGCCAAGACAACUCUUAAUCUGCGAAACCAUGAUCUCAAAAUCAGCACUCGUUCCGUCAUCACCCUCUGAGGUCCUGAUUAAUUCUAGCAGGCAGCCAGGACAGUAACAAAAAGGCGAUAUAACACAAGUCAGGACGCUUCACAAUCCAACAAUGGCAACAUGAUACGCAUUCCAAAACCCCGGAUAGAAUGACUAAUUUUGCAUCAGCACAGACAAAGUUUUCAAUAUUUAAAGCCGAGGCUUUUAUGGUUGCAAAUAUCAUCUAGUGGGCACCAUUAUAAAUGUACUAUUCUAGUUUAAAAUUAUGGUGCUUCGUCUUAACCACAAGUGGCAGGCUUAUAGUAUACAAAAUAGCACCUAGGAAUUUGUAUGCACACAUGGGUAUCGUUUGAAAAUCUGCUGAAGGGCAACCUUUUAAAAGUGAACGCUAGUUUGCCUUUCAAAAGUUAUUUUAUAUCCUCCUUUAGAUAUUGCUUGAUAAAUUAUUAAGACUGUUCAAGUAAAUAUGCGAAAUAAAUAAAUAUUUAACUCCCUUAUACGGCUAUAUUAAAAUAUAGUUUUUGGUUAUUUCAAACAAUCGCCAAAAUCGAAACCCCUAUGAAUCGUCAGGUAGUCCAGUUGUGAUAGCGUGGUAGUAUAAUGGCGGUUUCCCUUAUUUUGCCUUUGUAAAACAACGUUUGGCUGGUUACAAUAUUCUAACAAGAAGUUUACUUAAUGGGUUAAGCAGUGAUGAGGACUACCCUCGGAAAGGCAACGAUUAAAACAAAAAAGAAUGUUAUGGACCGUAGUCUGAUGCCCAUGAAUAAGCGCACAACCUGACUCACAGAACAAAGCGAAGAAUUUGACUGUAAGGUCAGAAAGAUGCGCAUUUCAUACUGCGGUGGGAAAAUAUACAACAGUGACCAAGCCAAUAACAAACAGUGGCCGAAAUCUACAUGGUCGGCGUUAAGAACCUUAAUUAUUGACCUGGCGCACUGAGCGCAAAACUAUCUACGCAGAAUAUAUUUUUAGGCUUUUUUCCCUAACGAAAAUAUUUCCACUGUUGGGAGGUGACAAAUCCCUGGGUCCACGCAAUCUCUUAUAGUAGUAAUUAUCGCCCACCAUAUUCGCACAUUUGCGUGAGAUGUCCAAUACAGGACAUUAGCGCAAGCGUCAAAAGCUUUCCAACAGAAACCCUCAUAACCUGAAAAGCAGCUUUCCCGCCCACGUGUAUGACGCACAAAAUACAAAUAUUUACAACACUUAGGGGGCUAACAGAACAUGUUUUAUCGUAACCUACAGUUCCCGAUUCCCGCAAAUAUUUCAUGAAAAGCUGCCAAUAGAUCCUCUCUAAAAUGAUUAGUAGAACUUCUAAAUAUGUUCUAAAGCGUCUUCAGUGAUCUUAGGGCAGCCAUUGUGUAAUUCAGAAAAAGCAUAGGAACUGUAUUAGGCAGGCGUUAAACAGAUCAGGAGCUGACUGCUCGUUUUUUAGUCCAAUGUCACUAAUAACAGUGACAUUGCACUGAAAGCAGAUGACGUAAAGGAGUCUGAAAUGACUGCUGGAAUCAUUGUCAUCCUUGUAUAAAUAGGUGAAAUGGUUCAGUGUUGGCCGAUAACCUGCUCUGGAAACAUUCUCAUGAAUAUUUAUAUUAAAAUACGUAAACAAGGUCAAGUGUUUCGAGGAAUCACUAAAUUGAGUUUUUUUCCACACCAAGGAUACAGUUAUCGGGAGCUUAGGUGCAGACGCCUAAUUCCAUAGGGAAGCUAGUUAAAUAUGCAAGCGAGCCCACAAACAUGGCACAAAGGGUUAUAUAUAGAAAAAAUAUGCAAUCUAAGCAGUUGCAUAAAAGAUUUUAAGGAAUAUUUUGUUGAAAACCGUGGCAUCACAACCUACACAACUUGUUAUCUUGAUAAAUGUACUGAAAAGUGAAACAUCUUGGGGAAUUUUUAAUGCUGCAUUAAACGUUUAUGCUCUACAAAAUCCAAUAUCAUGAGACCAUAAAGGCCAUACUUUUCUGACAAUACUGUAAACGCCCUAUCAAAAAAUUUAAACAUCUUUUCCCAUUAGUGAAAAAACAUGAUUUUGACAGUAAAGAAAUUAUGUACAUUUGCUCGCUCUCCAUCUUAGAAGCCCCCCAACAAUAAAAUAGUUAUUGCCGAUACAAGCGAAAAUGCGAGUUCCAGGAACUAGUUGAUCAGAAGAAUAAGCGAUCGCUGGAACAAUGGCUUUAUUCGCCUGACGUUUCGGAUUCUCUCUUGAAUCCAUCAUCAAAGACAGUUGCAGAAAAGGGUGGCUAGUGUACAGGAAGUCGCAGUAUUUAUAGGAUGCGGUCGACAUGCUACCGCAUCCUAUCUGAUACUAGAUACCACAUGAAUUUUUGGAGAAUAAUUGAUCCGACGAUAUUUAUACAAGUCUUGCACUUGCUGCCGUCGGUUCGAAGCCAACCAAUGUCACCAUUUUCUUUCAAAUCUAGUCGGACAAAUUAUGUAAAUCUGUGAACAACGCCCACAUGUUUCAUUCCUUUUAGAUUUGGCGUUUUGUUUGGUGUAGGAGUCGAUUUACGAUUUUUUCGUUAAUGCGUUGCACAAUUAUGCAGUGUAUGGCCUAUAAUAUGAGCUGUGCCGAAAUUUAUGAAAGAUUGCUUACCACUUUCAAACCGGCAUAAACGGAUGAAAUGAAGUUAAGAAAUAAUACUGAACGAUUUAUAAUAAUUUAAUCCAAAAGAACUAAUAAAAUGAGUAUAAAGCAGUUUAGCUAUGAUUUUUUUUUAAAAAGCAAAACAUUUUUCUAAAGAUAAAGUUGUAAUUUAAAACAUUAUGUUUCAAACUGAAAAAAGCCUAUUUAUGCAAAAAAUGAAUGAAUAAAUCAACAAGAAUAGAAAAAACGCUUUAAAAUGUCUGCCUGUGAAGUUUUCACUUCGUUAAUGUCAAGCUCGACAGCAGGUCUUCAGCCCACAAUUUGAAUCUUGACCUUAACAUGGUUUCUGCAGGAAUAGGUUGAUGUUUUUUUGAGUUAUUUGGGAUAGGGUUAAACGAUAUAAGUAAACGUUUGCUUAAUUUUGCCAAAACGUUCGUCACAAGAAGAACAGGUGCCAUAAAAUUACACGUUGGUAAAACGGUCGAUGGCCAAGGAAUUCAAGUAGCACUGUCACAGCUAAUCGUAAACACAUCAUGCUUGUAUGCUACCAGAACUCUUGCUUCGUUACGUUCAUUUUAGUGUUGGAGGAUGAGGGGUUUCAACAUUCAUCCUUAAAAUGGUGGGGAAUACUUUAUGAUUUUCGCUGUUUUUAGUCGAUUGGGCACAAAUGCAGGUUUCGCUCUUUGUGUUAUUCGUGGACUUCAAAAGAAGUUUUCUAUUAAAAACUUUACCGACGUAGCAAUUUAGUGGAUAUUACUUUUAAUGCAGAUAGUCAUUUGAGUCACGUCUGAGAACUCAUGUAAACAUAAAACCUCACCACCAAGAAAAAUGAACGCUCUCAACAAAAUUUGGCAACGAAUAAGGCCAAGAUCUAUUAACAACUUAUUUCAAUAAGUUACUUCGUUAAAAGGCAUCUUGAUUGGGUAUUUAACUGAAGGAGGUCUGUAUACUUUACCUUUCCGCGAUGCUAAAUUAAAGUAAAAAUGAGGCUUCUGAUCGACUUUCUUUCACAGUUGAAAGUGGAUGGUAACUUUACGCAUAAAAUUGAGUGCGCUCGCUGUUUGCUUUACGUGAAAACAUUUUGAAAUAGAUUUGCUUGUUUUUAAGCUCCGCCCUAAGACGGACAAUGCACAACGAAGUGGCCGUAUAAAUACUAAAAUAUUGCGAAAUCUGCUAAUCCUCUACCCGCUCUGUUUUAUAAAUUACGCAUUAGCGGGAACAAGGCUAGAAAGUAUGAUGCGUGCGCUUAGAAAUUAGCAAAUCUACUUGACGGAGAGGCAUUUUGGGGUAAGUUAUUGAGAAUUUGCAAAGAACAGGAAAAUAACGGAUUGUUUAAACAAAGGAUUGCCAGUAGGCGUUUUUACUAAUAUUAAGGGAUAUGAAGUCAUGCAUAUUUACAAAUGUGAUGUUUAAGAGGUUUUGAAACAUCGGGUUUUCAUAAAGUAACCUACCUGCUUAAGCCCACCUCUACGUCAUUGUUGAGAGAAAAAAAAUCAAUUUUCAAGUGCGGCAAGUUCCAUUUAGUAAAACGUUCAAAUUUAACUUACUCUUCCUUUUAUAACAAAGAAAGCACGGGUGCACAGACGUAAUCUAAGAUUGCUGUUAACAUAAUAAACCAUCUGAGUACAAGUUGACAUAGAUGUUCCCCUAAAUUUACGGACAUUUUGAUUGAUUAAACUGUUUAUAAAAAUAUCGGACGUACAAAAACGGCAUUCCUCUGGUAGACUAGACAAGUAAGCAAAGAGUGCAACACUUUAAAUGUCCUAAAUUAAUCGUCUCAACUUCCGCUGUCACGUCUCGUGGGUUCGCUAACAAGCAGUAAUAUGGGUAGUCCACCGUUAAGUCCAUUACGUUAUAUGUGAGACAUAGAGAGAUGUAAUGGCAAUAUUGACAAAAAAUGGAAUUGACUGGCCAUUUCUGGCUUAUUAACAGUCACCAGUCAAUCAAACCCAACCCCGAAGUGUGGCGCAUCUGAUGCUCGAUCCCGCUACCUGGCCAACUUCUCUAAGCACUGAGCCACGUGCUGGUUGUCAUGUCGAAAGCGAUCGGGAAUAUACAUUGGUAGGGGGCGCUGUCCGGCUGUUGGUUAGGCUCAAGAGAGAGAGUCCCUAAGGCGCAAGAGGACAAGUAAGUUAAGCAAAAAGGACCGGUGGGAGCCCCCUACCAAACGUAAAUGGGUCUUUUCCACUUUCCACACCUGAGGUGAGCACUAGAAUUGUUUCGUCCCUACAGUGAGUGACCGAUCUCAGGAAAUAUCGGCAGCAAUUCUGAAAUGUGUUCUUGAUUAGGAAGGAUUACCUAAGCGGGGUUGUAAUAUUUAUUAGCAUGCGACAUAAUUCAAUAGUAUUUCGGUCUUGUGAGGGUGUCGGCCAUUAAAUGUAAUUCUUUCCGACAGAUACCACACUCAGUAAAGAAUGACUACCUAAGUGGCAUGCAUUUUUCACAUUUAUUUUCGAUGGUCUUAUAAAUUCAAAUAUAUGAUAGAAGACAUGUAUAUAAUAUGCUUUUUUUACAGGUUUGGUAGAAAAUCACAUGUUCUUUACAUUUCAUAUCCUAAGAAAGUGUAUAUUUGGGUUUUGGAGAAGUGUUAUAAUUCCCGAAUAAUUAGGAGACUGACUAUCAGUUUCAUUAGCCCUUAGUGAUUUCAGUCUACAAGGUACAUGUGUUCCGUGUAAGGAAAAUAAUGUAAUCGUUUGUGCCUUUAAGAAGACACCAUAUAAAGUCUAUAAAACUUUGUAGUGGAUACGGAAAAUGUUGUACGUUUCAUGAGGAGCGGUAGUUAACGGACAGGUACAAUGCUGUACGAAUGGAUAUUGCACGGGUCUUAAAAAUCUCAUAACUAAACAUUUUUUAAAACCUAGUUAUACGUCUUUUCCAAGUAUAAAAUAUAAAGACGAUGUAUGUCUUUAUCAAACAAGUGAAAAAGCGCAUUUUUGUUCGUUUUCUGUAAAAAAUAUUUGAAUUUAUAAGAGCACUGGAAAUUAACGUGAAAGAAACAUACUGUUUAAUUAGUCAUAUAUUAACGAGUACAGUUCCUGCGGGGAAGUGAAAAUAAAUGCAUUCGAAAGCCAAUAUUCUGCCCAUUUCCAAAAUGUUAUAAGAUUAUGCCACAAGAGAGUCAGUAUUAGAAACCCACCUAAGUAAUCCUUCCUAAUCAGAAACGCAUUUCAGAAUUUCGACUGACAUUUCUUGAGACCGGCCUCUCACUGUACAUUUCAAAGGGCAAUUUUGGGACUAAGACUGGUCACAAUACAUAGGGGCGAUGGUAAUUUGCUUCAAAAUGAGAUAUGAAGUGCGGAAUGGACAUGAAAAUAACACACAGGAGAUAAACAAGGUAAAAUAGAAUAAGGUCCGCCUUUUAGGCAGUAAAAAAACCUCGUAUUGUCUUUAUAUGAUAACAUCAAAAACUACUAUAGCACGAAAGGAAUAAAAUAGCAGUUUUUUGACCACAUUUAGUAGAGCCGCGCAUUACAACCGUAGUUUAAUGCCACAGCUACGCAGCUCCGCUUUCGAACUCAAACGACCAGCAAUUACAAAAUGCAAUCAGCCUAAUGCAAAUGUUUAAUUGUUGGUUGCUUGGUGCGCUAUUAGUGGUACAACGCGGGGACUCUUUUUUGUGCAUUGCAUCCCUUGAUCGCAAACGUACCCUGACAUAUAAGACGACAGAACCUGAUUUCAUGCAAUCACUUUUUCCUCCUGUCAAGUGUGAGACGCAUAACUUUAUAUUCAAGAAUUGUUGCCGAAAAGGUCAUUAGGAGCUGUGAUGGUCAUUUUCAAUUUAUUUGUUGUCAAAAAAGGCAACACGCAAAGUACAUAUAUUUUGUUCUAGACUCAGUUGUUCAGCAGGUUAAGAAGCCAGCUUGUGGAUGCCAGCCAUCACUUUUCUUUAGUGACUAGCUGGUCUCUUCUGUGCUUUUUUAGGUACACCAGCCCUAGUUUGUGGUCAAAAUAAACGACACCAAAAACUUCAUUUCCCUUAAUUCUGAGAGAUUUAAUCAAUAUGCGUUUGCAUAUGGCGGCCCAACACGACAGCUCAAGAACAAUUUAAAAAAUCUGUAUUCAUUACUACAAGCAAGACCUAUUGGUGAAUUGGCCCGUCUGAAUUACGUUUUUUAUUAAUACUUCCGUAUAAAAACUUACGAGACGCUGUUUAUAUUCUUACCCACAAAACUUUAAUUAUCCGUCGAAAAAUAAAUGCCCACACAUGGCGAGAAUAUAUGCGCCUCGUAAAAUUCAAAUAACCUUGUCUCAGAAAAGUGUUCGAUAGGUUGUGUAUGGUAAAGGGUAUUACAGAUAAAAUGAAUCUCGCUGCACACUUCGGAAGUAAACAUGCAACAUAUUCAGAUUCGGAAACACGGAAUUAAAGUUCGAUCUCAAGCUAAAGACUAAUCACGUUGUAGUCAUAUACGGAAAGGGUUGAAAUUGCGGUGAUGUCGAGUACUUACAGACAAUGCACGCCUAUCGCGAAAACAAAAGUCAAAAUAGUUAAAACGUUUAAUACAGUCAGUCAGCCCUUCCAAGAGGAUUUUAUCAUCAAAUCUCGAUCAGGCGUGGAAAAAAUAACACUGCGAUACGGCCACUUUUAUUUUUCAGUAAAGACUUAAAAAACCUAGCUCAGACGGACUUGUCUAGAUUAAAAAUUCGAACAUUUUUAGGAAAAGUUGCCUUUUUGUCCGAGUUCAUGGCUAAUCCCAAAUAAUCCGCUGAUAAACAUUUGGCCUUAGUUAAGGUAGAAGUGUGGAUACUGCCAGGACCCCUUUCCUUAAAACUUUAACAGUAUACGCAGUCCAUUACUUUUAGUAAACUACGUUUUAGAAUUAACGCGUAAGUCAUGUAAAAACUGUAGUAAAAGGUCUCUCGUAUUUAGGGCCUUGAAUGACACGCCCUCGAAUAAAGCUUGCAAUUGAUAAGGGUCAACAGGAAUUAUUGCAACAUUUCUUACGUCGUUAGUCCAGACCCUUAAACAUUGUUCUAAAUGGCAAUCACUACCUCUGGGAUUUUGAAUAGAUGCUGGGAACCAAAUUAAGAAACAAGGUGCUGUGGCUGAUUUCUAAUGAUCAGGGUCCGUGAAAUUGACUGACAGUUGCAUUUCUUACAGUAAGAUCGUAUUAUGUUAAUUUCGGUCAACUAAAAAUCAUUCAAAAAAGAGACUAAAAGCUCUUGGUUGUGCUAAUAAAAGAUUGUUUCUGCGUUAAGUUUAAUGCAUAAUACUAGCCUUUACUGGACAAAUUAAAACAAACACCUCACAUGAAAACGAUAUGUUAGUGUAUGCCUAUUCUAAUUACUCGAUUAUUUGUAAGAAUUUCAGCUUGAGUAUUGGGAGACAUUUAAAACCCGUUCACUUCUCUGAUACAAACCUACUUAAAAUCAACCUUUAAAUCAUACUGGGUCGCCUUUUAUUCGCCUGUUUGAUGUAAUACAGAGAAUGCCUUCUGUUACGAAUUUCUGUUCAACAUUAUGAAAGACUCUGGAGUAUAUAUCUUUAUAUCGGCGAAGGCACAGCCAGUGAUACCACGACCUCAUUGUAGGAAGUGUCGUGAAUGACAUUCGUAUUUUCACUCAGUGUUUCAAGUUUUCGGAUUAGAACCCGCAAGCUCGCACUCUCUUGACUGUGUUUAAGAAUACGUAGUCUGACAGGAAAACUCUUGACCGAUUUUAUACGCUGGCAAAAUAAAUGAGUCUUCAUAUUAUGCCCCACUCCUUUUGUCCUACAUAUAUUUCAUACUGCGUUCUGAAAUCAGGUCAUAUGCCAAAAGUCUCCAGUUUUGCUCUGUUCAAGCUAGGACAAAAUCUCGUAUCCACCUGAGGCGUGGUGUGAAAAAUAGUAUAAGUGGGCUUAAGUUAAGGGAGUUAUUCUAAAAGUCUUGUUUUUACAUUUGCACAGAUGAGCUUUGGCUGUUUUUUAUGUAUUCAGUGACGGUUCAGGACGAACUGGGACAUUCAUCUGUAUUAACGAGUUAUUGGACAUCAUCAGACAGGACGUUAUCGGGGCCUCGGUGCCGGUGGCUCAAUUUGCCUUGCGUGUGGCCUCAGCCAGGCCACAGAUGAUUUCCUGUGUAGAACAGUACGCCUUCAUCUAUGCUGUCAUCUCAGAAUGGGUAAGGUCGGGGGGCACGACGACGGUGCCAGUGGCAAUGCUGCCACUUGCAAUGGAGGAACUCAAAAAACCACCAAAAUCCGGAUAUGGAAUUGGCCAUUGUUCUAGCAAGUACGAAGCCGAAUUUGCGGUAAGUAUUGAUUAAGGGCUAGAUUAAAAACAAUCAGUUCAAAUGUAACUUUGCUGUACAAAUAGGCAACUAAAUAACAUCAGUCAGUAUUCCAGUACCGACAUUGUUGUUUACAUACUCCUGCUGUCAAUAAGGUUUCCUGCACAUAAGCUUUUGCCACUGAUUGUGAUAUAAUGGGAAACAAAAACGCGUGGUAUGUGAAUGCUCAUCUCACGCAGGCAGUCUUUACAGAGUAAAUAAUUUCGAUCUAUGCCAAACUAAAAUAAUACCAUGGUGGCAUGUUAAUAUUAAUUGCGUUAUUUUGCAAAAGUACAUAAUCGGACGCAUAAUGUCCUAUUAAAAUAGUUAUGGAAACCGUUUUAGUUGUGCACGAUCUUUUAGAAACAUCACGAUAAAAUAUGCUCCAAAUUUCACAUCCGAAUUUAUCACAGAGGUGAUUUUGAUGGUGAGUUAUGCUGCAGUACGGCGCAGUGUUGCCAACAUCUGACAUCCCCCAUGUGGUUAGUUAACAUUUGGAACUAAAAUCUAAAAAAUGUUAGAACAAGGAAAAGAUAACUAAAAAUCAAAAUACUUCAGUACGAAAAAUUUGCGGCCUAAACAAAACCUAGUCUACAUACCAUGAUUAGACUACAAAUAUUAGACGACGUUGACAGUUUAUGAAACGGAUAUAAAUAUUUUAAUUGCAGCGGACGCCAAAGUCGAAGAACACCGAUCAACGUUCCGAAAUUUGCCUUAGACUGAAAAAGGCCACUUUGACGAAUUUUCAGUAUUGGGCCAUGUGCGCCAAAAUCUCAAGUUCUUCGCGAAACGCUGAGGUUCUAAAUGAAUACCUCUGCAGAUAUUUUGCAAAAUGACUCCAUGCAAACGACUGCUUAAAUAACACGUAUUUUAGACCAAUUUUUGGAUGACUGUGCGAAGACCUCCCGAUUUAUUAAACAAUUGGCCCGAACUUUGCCUUUAUAUUCAUUCUGCAAGAAUUUGCCUAUUCUCUAUUUUCUCAAUUGGAGAAAGCUGUCGAGCACGGGAACAUUUUGUUUGUUUUCCUGAACUUUCGAACUCGUACAGGAGUUCAUCUUCAGGGAUAGUAGCAGCAGCAGAACAAGCAACAGCAAUAGGGCAUUUAUGCCGAACGCAAUGAAAGCAUCUACACUGCGUUCUUAAUCCGGGAUUUCAGUGUACCCAGUAACGCACAAGAUAGAGGUGUUUGAACUCCCGGAAAAUGUAUGAAUAAGCAGAAGCAGAGCGCUUUCCGUGAAUUGAAUUAACUUUUGUCAGUAGUACGUUUUUACUUUUAGGGUGCUUAGGGAAUCUGUUCUAUUCAUAUGACGGGUUGGCCUGUUUCUAUACUGGAAACCAUAGUUAAGUACUUUAUUAACUAGAAAUGCACUUAAACGCAAAACGUUCAAUUUAUCUUUCGGCAGUUAUAAUGAAUGUUAAAGACUUUUUUCCUGGGAAGCCGCUUAACCGACACCUAAGUCCUCACUUUACCUUGUCCCUAAAAAGAGGAGUUGGCAUUUGGAAUUGUAGAGCAAACAUAUAUCAUUGGUGAUCGAUAUGUAAAUGCUGUUAAGAAAAAAGCACGAUUCAGGACAGAAACUGGUACUAAAUGGUUUAGCAGGGUGGACUAUUUUUGACCUAAUCGCUGUUCUCUAUGAGUUGCUGAUUGCAGACCGGAGUUCCAAGGCGAAACGGGAAGACCGUAUCUCGUUUAAACGCAGGGCUAGAUAGUUAAAUGCAACAUCUCAUGUGAAUUUUAAACUCAUUUAUUCUACGCUAGGUAUAUGCGCUGAAACCAAAGAGUAUAAUUAAGUCUCAGUUGGGAUGGUUUAACUAGCGUGUUGACCUAAUGUUCGUCCAGAUUUAUAUAAACAAACUUUGCAUGCUGUUAAAGUGUGCAGUAGCAUUUGUCAAUCAUAAACAUAGAAACGUCUCAGUACAUGCAGUCCGGACGCUUUUAUAGAUUGCAAGCCCUGCUGAAAUGCGUAUGCUCGAAAUGUAUGACCAACAGAUGUGUUAUGAGGAGGGAAAAACGUUAAAGGAGACAGUAAUUUAAAAUACUAUUGUAUGAUUUGACGCCGAAUUACACAUAUGCGGGGACUCUGUUUAUCAGUGCGUCCCUCAACGUGUCUCAUGUACUUUCUGGAAUGUACUUAAGAUUUGGAAUCCCAGUGUGCAAAUAAUGAUGUAUUAGUCUUUGUUAUUUACUUUUAUUGUAUCGUCAUGUUGUCACAUAUUAUAAAACACAAACACAUCUUAAAACGUUUUAAUGAAAAUGGAAGUAACUGGCAGUAUAAGUUUGCUAAAUAGAUGUACUUUUUUAAAAGUUCGUUAACGCAAACUUAGUGCACUACGAGCUCAUCCUUUUGUCUAGAGAAGGUAUUUCCCUAAGCUGUGGGUGUUUUAUUAGUCUGUCUGUUAAUUCUUAGUGAAUUUAGCCAGGCCUUAUGCGCCGACACGUUCUCUGAUGAUACAGGCGUCUAGUUCUGACCCCCAUGUUCAUAUUAUUUUAUCUGCUCUAGCUAACCUGCCGCAUGUACCUGUUAUUCAACGGUAUGAACUGAUGCUUAGAAUGCAAGCGUUAAUAAUUGUUUUCAAUUGGAUUUAGGAUGAUGUUCGUAAACCAAGUACACGUUGUCCGUGAAGAUAAAAAAACUGCCUUUUCCGCAGUAUACGUCAUUGUUUGAUUAUCUAAAGUUAUCUUUGCAGUCUACGCCCUCUUAUUUUGGAUGGCGUCUUACCAUCCAGUACCCCAGGAAUAAUCUGAAAAAUGACUGCUAAUGGGAUACAUCUUUAAGGAACUUUCUAAUUCUCUGUGCAUUAUUUAACCUGCUUUGUUAUCAAUCUCAAAUAAUUUUCUCAACUUUUCAUUUUGCAAACCAUAGUGUGUUAACGGUUGUGUUUAGAAAUUUACAGUAAAUUACUUUUUACACGGUUGUUAUAAAAAACUAAACAAUGAACCGCGAGGCAUUCUAGCAAACCAAACCCACCUCCGUUCUGCUUUAAAAUAAAACGUAUUGUUUUUGUCCACCGUAUGCUUGCCGUGUUUAGUACCCUCAAUAUCGGUCCAAAAUGACGCAUUUAAGCUCAUAUAAACUAUCCAUGAUAGUCUUAUCACGUCACACGGUGCAAUUUUGGGGUAAUAUUUAUGUCGAACCCAAAACUGCGAGGGGCGGCACAGAUUUUACUAUGGUUGUACGAACAUACCGCACAAACGUGCGUAUAUCGAAAGCAGGAUCUCAUACAGGCUGUAAAAUCACGCAACAUAAUAUUCUGCAUGGAAUGUAAUGUAGUCCAAGACAACUCGCCUCAAUCGUAAUGACUUCCGUUCACAUACAGAACCUUCCUUAUACGUUAACCAACAUAGUGCUGUUUGGGACUUGUCUAAUGAUAUAAGUCAGAUCUGUUUGCCGAACGUUUUAAACAGCAAUGCAAAUAAACAUACCGGGCAAAGAAGGUUAAAAAGAACUCAGCAGCCACGGGACGUACAAGGCAAGAACUACAGCAAGAACCGUUUAAUUAAAAAGCAUCUUCGAAAUGUAUCAAGGUUUUGGAUAUUUUCCCGUAACCGAACGACGUGUCUGUUCCCACGUAAAUAAGGAAAUAAGGAUCGUUUGCGUAGUGCACAUGCGGAGACAGGCUGAGUAAUGAUUUAAGCACGUUGAUCUUUAUCAACCAGCUGAAACAUACAGUGGAAGCACUUGCAAAUGUAGCUUUCCUGAAGGAAAAUGCAAGAAAUAGAAAACUGUCAUGUCCAAUAAACGUUUUCGGGGAAUCUGAAAUCGUCUGUUCUAAAUACUGUCCGAAGCCGGUUGAUUUGCCCUAUCAUUAUACUUAAAAAUAACAACCUGCGACAUUUUUUAAAAAUAUGCUGUUAGGGGAAGACGGAAUCAGGCGAAAGACAAAAAGUGCAUCAUUUUCAAAUAAACAAUGUACUAUUGGUAGACGUUUUCGAUUUUGCUUUAUCUGUAAAUGUAGGUAAUGGUCCUUUUAACACGUUAGAUCCUAGAAAUAUGCAAAAAAGACCCUCGUACAUGCACAUUUUUGGUUUUACGAUGCCAAAAAUAUAAUGAUUUUAGAAUAACCACCACGUAGUAUUCGGGAGCAGAAAAGGCCUAGACGUCUAUAGUAAACAAUUCGUGGAAAUAUAUAGAUAAGCGCAAUGUCCAAGCAUGUGCCAUUGCAUUUGCACCCCUAACAUUCAGAUGUUGGUGACUUUGGAGAUUUAUAGGGAAACCUUUUUAUACAACGUUUUAUAUAUAGUAGGUGGGCUAACUCAUGAACCAUCAAAUGAAAUUGCGAAAUGCGUUUACGUUUCGAAAAGAUUAAUUACGUAGGGUUGUAAAACUAGUCAGCCUGCAACAUAAUUCUAUUAUUUGUCAGUUACCAUAGGAUGCGGGCUUUCGGAUGAACUUCCUUUCCGCUGCAUGUAAAAACUACACCCAGUAAAAAAAGACUAUUUAUGCAGCAUGCAUUUUUCUCAUAAAUUUUCAAUGCCCUUAAAACUUCACUUAUAUUUCAUAAAAGCGUGCACAAAAAUGUUUCUUCUUUUGCUUCUUUGGCACAAAAUUACGUCGAAGGAAGGGUAUAAUUCGGUUUGCAAAAACCUUUCUAAUUACCGAAUAAUUUUGAACUUGCUCUGCCGUAAAGCUUGGAUUCGGGAUUUCGAAACUAUAAGUCGUAUAUUUUCCGCGUGCGGAAAACCACACAUUUCUCUACAGUAGGAAGGGGAGACUAUAGAGGGUUCAUAAAAUUCAACAGUAAGUUUUAUUCACAAUGUUAACUUUAUAAGCCACGUUGGUAAAUACAGAGACAUGACGAUUUCUGAACAGUCAUUUCACGGUAUUUAAACUCUUACAAUUAGGAACUUCUUAAAACCUAAUUUUGUCCCUCCUUUGAAUAUAAAAUAAGGGAAGACGUAAUUUUCUACCGAAUGAGCAAUAAAAUGAAUAUUUGUAUGCAUGUUUUCCACGAAAUAUAAUUGGACUUUAGGGCCCCUGAAAAUCAAUGAGACAAUGUCAUGGUACUUAUGUAGUCGUUUUUUACAAAGCGUAGUUUCUGCAUGCAAACGAAAGGAAGUUUACUGAAAAGCCGGCAUUUUGAGAUAAAUGAAAUAUUAUAGAAUGAUGUUUCAGGCUGACUAGUUUUACAACCCUACUUAACUAAUCUUUUCGAAACGAGAACGCGUUCCGGAAUUUCGGAUGACAUUUCACCGUAAGCCACCUAUUUUAAUUUGCAAUUGAUAUACAAAAGGCCAUUAUUUAUCUCUUCUAGAUUGGUAAUGUCGGUUUGUUUAAAAUUCAUCUCAGCCCUUUUCAAUGCGCCAUAUUUCUGCCUUUUGAAAAUGAUAGUUGAUUUAGGGUUGUUUUAAUAUACAGUGAGUGACCGAUCUCAUUAACUGUUGACUGAAAUUCCGAAAUGCAUUUUUGAUUGAAGAGGAUUACUAAGGUGUAUUUGUAAUAUUGAUUAUCUUGCGGUAUAAUCCUAUAAUAUUUCGAACUUGGCAAAAUUUCGGUUUUUGAAUACACAGUUUUUCAAUCUUCUGUAGAAACCGUACAGAGCAAAAAAUGACUACGUUAUUGGCGUGCACUUUUCACAAUGAUCUUCGAUUGUCUUGCAAAUUCAUAUAUAUAUUUUAUAGAAACUAAAGAUAAAACUUUGCGUUUUUUUAGUUGUUUGGUAUAGAAUUACGUCAUCCUUACAUUUUAUACGCAAAGAAGAAGUACAAUAAGGUUUUAAAAAAGUUUUCUAAUUCCCGAAUAAUUUAGAACCUGAUCAGUCGUUGCAUUAGCGCUUAGUAAUUUUAGUCUAGAAGGCGCAUGCGUUCCGCGCAAAGAAAAUAGCAUAUUUUUCCAUGCCCUUGAAAACGCAUAAAGUCCAGAAAAUUUAAAUGGAUGCGGAGUAUGUUGUAUAUUUCACGAGGAGCAGUGUUAAAUAUGCAGGUAAUAUGCUAUAUGAAUAGACAUUGCGCAGUCUUAAAAACGUUAUGAUUAGAAACUUUUUCAAAGCCUCACUGUACUUCUUUUUCGAACGUAAAAUAUGAAGUUGACGUGAUUGUCUAUCAAACGACCCAAAGAAACCAUACUUUUGUUAGUGGUUUCUUCAAAAUAUAUUUGAAUUUGCAAGACCAUCAAAAAUCAGUAUGAAUAAUGCAUGCCACUUAAGUAGUCAUUUGUUAUCUUGUACGGUUUCUACAGAAGACUUGGAAGCUGUGUAUUCAAAGGCCGACAUCCUGCCGAGUAUGAAAUACUACAGGAUAAUGCCGCACAGUAUUCAUUAGUAAAACCGCGCCUAAGUAAUCCUUCCUAACCAAAAGUGCAUUUCUGAAUGUCAGCGAACAUUUCACGAGAUCGAUCACUCAAUUUAAUUCUGCUUUCUAUGAUAAAUUGAAAGUUUUAAUGGUACGUACUACUAAAGGUGCUUAUGGACACUGUGCAUAAGUUGUCCACGAUGAAAAUGCUUUUGUUCGGUGACAAAUAAUAGCAAUAUUUGCCUUUUCAGGCAUUCUACCGCAGAUAUGGUUCUACUCCAGUGGUUAUCCUAAAAACUGUUCUUUUUAUGAAAUGUUUUAAGCUCUAUAUUUUGCUUGAGGGUAGAAGCGGACGCUUAACUUUUAUAAGUAGAAUGUGUUAACGUAGGACCAAACUUUGAACGGCAUCCGAAUGUCUGAUCAACAACUGAAUCUGUCAGGAGGGAUUGAACUGCGGAAAUACCCUACAGUAAUUGGAAAGGGAGCUAGCAGAUGAGAUGACAUGAAUUCACAUGAGAUGUAAACGGAACGAAAGCUGUUACAAAAAAUAGUAUAUUUCGCGCAUAGGCGACCUGUUGGAAAAAUGAAAAAAUGUGCGAACUCUGAAGGUAUUAAACGUUACAAAGCGCAUUCAAAAACCUCCUAUCCUCUGAUGCGUUCCUGACGAGAGAUUGACCAGUAAGGAAUAGGCAGUUUACAAACAUCUGUUGGACAACCGUCCCUUUCUAUGUACUGCAACUUAAAAGAGAUAUACGCUCUCAGACAAAUCAGAUAUAGGCUAUUGCAACUCUCAUUUAAUCUUUUGAAAGCAAAAUAUAUUCCCAAAAACAGUCUACGAAACAUAUCAACUAAUGUUCAUUAGGUAUUUUUAAAGGCCAUGAGCAAACGAGAAUCAAUCUUAUAUGGGAAUUUGCGCUGUAAAUUCAGCUACAUGCCAAUUUGGGAAAAGCGUUUGAUGGUUUUCGUAGGAGAGUAUGCACAGGUGUUAUUAUCUACAACUGUGCGCCUAUUUUCAACUUGUACUCAAUGCUGAGGAAAAUUUCAUAGAAUGUUAUUUGCGUUUCCUUUUCGGUCCUUUUGUCGAAACGGAAGGUUGCUCUAGGACGUUAAUUGCGUCAUUUUUGUACGACAGAAGCCGAUGAUGCGGUGGUUUUCCGCCGCUCGUUUUUUCUCUUUUACUUCCAACCGACAAUUGUCUCUGCAUGCGAUGAGUAGAUUUCCUUUAUGAUUUGGUCGAUGUAAAUGCGUUGCUCUUAAAUUUUUUCUAAACGCGCGUACGGCUGUUAUUUUUAUCGCCACAAUAUGGAGUUUAAACUGGCAGCCGAUUCUCCUAAGGACAGAAAAACCAUUUUAACACAAAAUCCCUCAUCAAUAUCUUUGGCAUUUUUUACCCUAAUCAAAAGGAAACCCAAUAACUUUUGGACUACUUAGAUAGAUGUCAACUGUAAAACUGUAUUUAGGAGUAUAUCGUCAGGCAUAUACCGAAAUUAAAUUCUUAAGUUAUAAUAAGCCGCGCGGAUCUGUUAAGUUCGUAUACUUCUUGGAUCAUCUUUCUUCUUCCUCACAAUCAUUUUAAAAAUGCAUUGGUGAUGCGAAUGCUCAGAUUAAUUCAGAUAACAGAAAAUGAACUCAAUUGGAGUGCAGAUCUGUUUGAAAACUACCAGUGCAGAUACGUACUCCUGACUUUCAUUUUCAUAUGGUUGUAACGCGAUCUUUUGCAUGAACUGUGUAUUAAAAUUUAGAAAAAUCGACGCAAGUCAGAGAGUGAAAUGUAUAUUAUAUGAAAAUAAUUGUCCAAGUAGUAGUAGUUAACGGUUUGUAUGGAGCAAAAGUAUUACUAUCGACGGUUGGUUUUACCCUUACCUUCCUGUAGCGCUUAUCACAAAAUCAAUGAUUAAUAAGUUUUUUCCCCGAUUUAUGAGAAAACAUAACUCCUAGCAAAUACGUUUUAAUGCAAGUCACACUGUGUUACGAAUAUGUACAUCAGUUCAAAGACUCUGACGCCUAUUAUACUGUCGUUUUUGUUUCAAACGAAAACUUACCCGUAAUGUCCUUGGAGAUCGAAACAGCUUUGCCCUUCCCAAGAUUUCUCUACCAAUGGUUUCAAUUUCCUUCCGCAAGAGAUGGUUAAAUUCUCACCAAAAUCAAGUACAACUACGUUAAAACUCGCGUUAAUACUAAGAAAACGGCCAGCUAACUGACUGUGAAUGUGUUACGCGAUCUGCUUAGCUGACAUAAAUAUGAAACAAACGGCUUUUUCAAGCAUUAUUCAAAAGAUUGCUGCUUUAUUUUACACAUCGAUGGUGUUCUCUAGCGUCUUUAGAUGUGAAGGAUGCUUUUGCGUUAUUCCCCAUUUAUGUCUAAAUUUUGCGCAUUUUGGCGUGAAUAAUACCAUUUUACUCGUAUAACUAUUCAUAAAAAAUAAUUUUUUACUAACAGCUCCUUAAUCGAAUGGUCAAACCUCUGACAGUGGGUGAAUGCGCAGGGGGCCAUCGUGUAGAAAAUCGUAGGAAGAGUCGAAACGUUUUAAUACAACCACGUGAGUAAAGUUGAUUCUUAAUAUCAAGCACGCGUUCUAUUUCAAAGCAUGCAGAUUUUUUUCCUUUCAAGCACGACUACGUUCUCAUGCAAAACGCAUGUCUUUGUAACAACUCAGUUAGUUUUAUUUUAACAGGAAUAUUUUCUACUUCGAAUCAUACCAAAGUCAGCUUGAUAAAAAAGGACGUCAAAAAACCAAGCAUUCUAACAUUUAUAAAAUAUAUUACUGCCUCUAAGAAAAAAUGUGAAAUAAGGAACAUCAUUUGCAUAAAACCAGGCAAUCAGGACACUGACUUAUCUACGCUGAAUUUAUAAACCCUAAUCAGUGCUAUCCGAACUGAUAGAACCAUUUUAAGUAUUCAAACAUUUUGGGAAUUUUACCAAACAAAACAUCAAUAUUUUAAUAACGAAUAAAAUAAAACCCUCAGGUGACUAAAACAGCCCAAUGCGUAGUCUGUUCGACACUGUCGGAAAAAGCCAUCAUACUUUCUUAAUUAACUUACUGUAACACGCUUUCGAUAAUACAACUAAGAAUAGAUUAACUGUGGUCGAAAUAGCCUCUAUAAAUUGUUCCAAGUGUCAAACAACAGACAUAUUUCAAAUUUUAGCUGAACGCGCAAGACCUUAUCUCGUUACACAAGAAGGCGGAGAUGGUUCAGACUAUAUCAAUGCCGUCUACGUUGACGUAAGUAAUUAUCUACAAAAAUUGCACUUUUUAAGCUUCAAUUUUUUUCUAUCGUAACCGAAGAUGUAUGUAUGUGUGCACGUCUUUCAAAAACAUGCAUACGACAGUUACUAAAAACUGUAAACACUGAAUUACGCACUGUUUUGAACGAAAGGAGGAAAAAACUGUCAAAGUUGUUGUGCAUAUCCAAUAAAUACAAAUCAAAACUAAGGUGGCCUGCUCUGAGUUAAAUCCUUUGCAUUUAGAUGAACAGUUUUUAGCCGAUUGUAUGGGAAGCAUAUCAAGGAUCAAAAAAUGCCUUAGCACCUUACACUGUUUCAAUCGGCAGUGCAGUCUAUUUGUUUGGAGUGAUCGUUUAUGAAUUAAAUCUACAGAAACUUACUUCAUGAUUGUUUUUACCUAGGAAACUGUAUUUUUUCCAUUAACCUGAAAAAAGUGCACUUUGACUUCAAUUUUGCAAAUUUUCAAUACGCGAAAUUUUUCACUCGAAAUGUCAAUAAGUACGACAACAUUUCAUAGGAGUGGCAAAUUCUCGGUUAAACUUGCACUAAAUGACUACAUAUUAUUUCGGAUCGUACUUGCACUGAUGGAUGAAGCCUAGUGGUCUAAAAUCUAGCCUGUUACAAUAAGGACGGUGGCAUGGGAUUACGCCCUCUGACGACCAGUUUUCAAACAAAUCUAGGUAAGAAUUGUCGUCAAAGAACGCAGUUACAAUAGUUUGCAAUUUUUUCCGGGAUUUGAUCUCUAAUUUCUGUAUAAAGCACAAUUCGGCAAAAAUUGUUUAAUCGUUUUUGUUUCCUUAGCUUUAAGAAACUUGCAGGAAUUCCAAGCGCAAUAAGUAGGAGACGUACAUAUUCUUCAGAAAUAAACUGGGCCAACUAUAUUUUGGAAAUGAUUUGCUAAAUUUAAUGGAAAUGACAACUGUUUGGUGAUUCAGGAGUAACUACAGACUGUUGUGUAUUUGUAUGCAACAGAAUUCGACGUGCGAGUGAUAAAUUAUCGGCUCCAGUUCAGGAAUUGCUUAGAGUCUAAAUGGCUACAACGACUGAAAGGCAAUUGUUAAUUUCAGGGAAAAGAUGAGCAUUUCUUCAAUAAUUCACUUACUUAUUUUACAAUCAUCACGUCGCUUUUCACAGAUCACAUCUUCUUAGUUGAUUGAAAAUAUCGUAGCGAUAAUGCAAGUGCUUUGUCUUAUUCAUUUUUUUGAGAGCAUAAUCACUAAGACAUGUGCUUUUAUUCGUGUCAUCACAAAAAUAAACUGUGUGGCCUUUUAGAAAGCACGUAGUUUAAUCCAAGUAAAUCACUGCAUAGUGCAACUAUUUGGAGGUUUUUAACAGUCCGAAAUAGUCAGUCGUUAAGCAAAAAAGGCAUAAAACAUCUAAUCGGAUGAGCAGUGUGUGAGAGUCUAAAUUGGAUACCUAUCAGAAACUAUAGAGCACGUAGAUCGCCUGUAGUUUUGACCGUCAAAUUUAGUUAUGACUGUAGUCACAUUUCAGUAUCUAAGAAGUUAAUAAGGUACCUGCAUUAAAAAAAAACAAAGAGGAUCUGCUAAGUUUUAGGCAAAAGGCAUAGGUUUAUGCUUUUUGUUAUCUCCACUUUUUGUCCCAGAUAGGUCUAGUAACCACUAGCAACCUGAGUACGCCUUUCAAAUGUAAACAAAAGUCGACCGGCGUUUUCAGCUUUUUGAUUCAGUCUGAACGUAAGUGAUAAACGAAUAUGAGACGGAAAUAAGAAACCUUGUCUUUUUUAAUUCAAGUGUUCAAUUAGCGGGAUAAAUUAACAAAAUUCCUUUCUUUACAAACAGAACUUACUGACAAAUUGUACGAAAAGAGCAAAAAGCAAACAUCGCACAAAAUAUGCCACUAUUACCCACAAAUUGUUAAAAGUAAACUAUAAAUUUCCGACGUUUUAGGGAUACCGAAUGACCAAUCAAUAUAUUGUCACUCAGUGGCCGCUAAGGACAACUGUUUCUGACUUCUGGUGCCUUGUGGUCGACUUCCAUAUAUCUGUCAUCGUUCUUCUGAAUCCUUUCCGUUUUGGCGACGUGAGUCUCCUCUCCUACUUUCAGUCCUUUUCUGUUUCAUAUCCUUUUGCGAGGCUAAUUAAGUUGCAGUUAAAAAGCCAUGCGACUGCUUUACGUAAUUUAAGACGGGUUUUUCAAAACAUGAUGUCCUUUGUUGUAUACCUAAAAUCUAAAUUUGUCCGACCACUAGAACGCCCGAAAUUCAUUCGGUUGUCGAGUAAACAUCUCUUUUUUCAGAGGCAUAAAGAAUCUAAAAACUACGCGCAGAUAAAAAGGCGAUCAGGAGCAGAUUGUUGAUUUUGACUUUCUGGUGUAACUUUACCACGGAUGUGAUCUAUGAUGCAGCUUAACUUCCCGCACCAAUUGGGUUAUUUCCUAUGUCGAAAAUUGGGAAUAAUAACGGCUGUCCACAGUAAGGCGAUGAAGUUCGCUUUUUGUCUUGUAAGAACUGUAUGUCUAUGAAAGUACGUGCCGGAUAUACCUGGUAGAAUUGAUACGAGUAGACAUUCGGUCGAAACGCUGAGUGGUUAUUAGCUCUGGUUACUUAAGUCUUUUACCCUUAAUCGCAUUUUUAUAGCAGCGAAGACACUUUAAUUCAGGCGUCAUUUUUUGUUUUAAUUUCAACCGGGGCGUGCUUAAUUGCAAUUCUAUGCUCAUCUCUGUGCUAUACACAUUUCAUUAUCAUAGAAAACAUCAUUUUUUCUAAGAAACUAAAGACAGGUUUUGUCUCUGUAAUUUCCUAUCAGACUAUACUUACUCAUUUUUCAAAACAGAGGCAUAUUAGCUUGUUAACCUAAAAUAACUCAAAAAACCCGAAAUUAGGACAGAAGACUAUGUGAAAGCCUGACCAAAAAUCAAAUGCUACUGAAUCUGCCUCUAACUGGAACCAGAGGUGGCUGUUUGCGUUUUUUACCUUAACAAUCGGGUAAAAAUGUUGAAAUAAUUUCUCACGUCACGCUUGCGUCGAGCCUUGGCAGGAGGUCUGGUUUUCAAGUUCAGAAGACCAUUUAAAGAGCCCACAUACAUCUUUCGGAAUUUUUCAUCAGAUUAGAGUAAUUACUUAAUCAUUUUUGACCGGAGUUGAUGAUUAAGCAAAGAGCAAAAGGGACAUGCAAAAGUUAGUGAAAUAAGCUAGAGCAGAAAUUGAAAUUCAGGCAAAAUUUGGUUGUGUUAAUCUAUUAAAACAAAUGUCUAUAUGCAGCAGCUGCUCCACCUGAUAUGAUAUUCAGUCAAACACUCGGUAUUUGCUUUUGAUUAGAUUGAAAUGUUGAGGUUGCGUUGAAAUAAUAAUCAUCAUGCAGUAUAAUCCCGGGAUAACUGAACCGUGGUAAAAAGCCAGUUUGUGAAUGCGCCUUUCUCCGGUCUUUCAUAAACACCACGCUCGGCAAAAAACAUUGCUGAACUAUUACGGACUUUUUCCACCGAUUUUGGUCUUCCUAAUAAGCCCAAAUGAAGCUUACAGAAGGUUUUCAUUCAAAUAUCAUUUCCUAUACUCACUAAGUAGAAAAUUACGUAUGCUUUAGUUUUUUAUACUCCAAAAGGGUUUUUGUUAGUCUAAAAACGCGUUUACCCCUAAAAUAUAGCCGAACCACAAAAGAAACUACGUUUGCGUUUGGGGUUCUAAAAGUACGGGCUGCAUAUUUUUUGUGUGGGCAAAAUUAGGUCACUAAGGAGAUAUCAUGUAAGGCUCAUAAUACAUUCUAGUGGAUGUGAACAUGUUGUGCACUUCAUAAGCAACAUUAGAAAACAGACAGAUAUGAUGCUGCAUAAACAAACAUUUUACGGUUUAAAGAAUAAAAGGAUAAUAAACAUUUCCAAGACCAGAAAGUGUCCUUUUCUCAUAUUAGAAAGGUCUGUAGAAGACUCAAUUUUCUAUCAAGGGAACACAAAACAUUUUUUCCAAAUGCCUAUUAUAGGGCGUAUUUUAAUUUAUAAAAACGUCGGAAAUCCGUAGCAAACUUUUAUAUUACAUAGGCAAUAGUACGGAGUUUGUAGGUAGACUAAAAGAGGCGCACUCAAAAAUGCACAUACUGAAAUAAUUUAAAUAUUCUUGGUUUUUUUGCGCGGCAUUUAAAAUUAAAAUACCACUUGGACAAUCCGUUCUAAUUCUUUUGGACUUUCGGAGCACAUAUAAUAAGAUGGACUUUCUCAGCUGCAUGGGAGCCGCCUGAGAACUAUUUCAAAAAAUAGUUGCAGUAGAGUUUGUGCAAAGUUGUCGGAAGCCCAUUGAAUUCCUUCGCACAUUCCGACUGCCGCUACUUUGGCAGUUUCUAAUGACCGCGGUCAAAGGAACUUCCGGUACACUGUCGCCUCUCGAUAGACUAGCGUUUUUCUUGGUUUCCUCAGCUUAACUAGUUGCGAGAAAAUGGGGCUGUCUGUGGAUCUUGUUUCACUCUGCGAAGCCAGGUUAGCCGAUGUUCCCUUGCACUUUUGCACGGCAAGUGACCAUCGCGGCCUGUCCUACAUCCAAGCGUGAAUGAGUCAAUUCGCAUAGAUGUGUUCUGGGAAAACAGAUGAUGCUAAUAAUGUUUGUACUUUAAGGGGGAAAUCUUGACAAAUUGCCUAGUUUGACGCCUUUUUAUUAAUUAGCCAAAAAGUUGCAUUAAAAUGCUAAUGUGCUGGGAAUAAGUUUACAUCUCUCCUAAUUCAAGUUCAUUUUUUUAAAAUAGUUUAAUGAUGUUCUUUUUGGAAUUUAUCGGUAUGAAGGGUCAUUUUACGCCGAAAAUUUUAAACACUGCCUCGCGCAAGUUUGGUGAUGCCAGACGGACACGAUUCUCUAGUUUCACUAAACAAACAAUGAAACAGCUGGUAAUUUUUAUCCAACAGGGCAAAACUAUUAAUUUUGACCUAUUUUCGACAGACACUCCGGAUCUAAUGUUGUUUAAGUAUUUUGGAAGAUUAAGUCCUGGGUUCACUUUUCUUUAUCAUCAGUUGACAAGAUGAGCUUAUAACUUCAAAAAAAUAAUUUGCUGAGGCAAACUCUGGCAAUUGGUAGUUUGACAAGCUCAAAGUCGUUGGUGUGAAAUGACUUGAAACAUCUUGCGCGAGUUUCCGUUGGAGGACAGAACUUGCACGCUGAGCGAAUACACCAAUGUUUCCUUCUUCUAGGCCCGUUAAAAGACAGCAGUUUUUGUCUUUGGCUUGCUCUUGUAAAUUUCAUUUAUCGGAAACGGUUUUAUUUUUAAAAAAUUGAGCUUUAGAGGAAUGGAAUAAAAACAAUAGGGCAAAUGCUUUUUAAAGUUGAUUUCUUUGUCGGCCAAAAAUACAUAAUGAGGUUCUACUUGCGACUGUGACACGUUUUCUUAGUGUGAAGCCCAACCACUCAACACCAUCUUGCGAAUACGUCUGUCGGAAUCAAAAACUAGUUUAGAAGUGCACACCAGGAGACUAGACAGAAGCCUCAGUUCAACACAACAACAGGCCUUUUUACCGAUACGCUUUUAAUGAAAAAAUUUGUGAGAAUCGCCCUCAGUGCUGAUUAAUUGUGCUUACAUUCCCUCUGGAAAGGGCACCAAAACCAGGUAUUGGGUGCAACCUAAAAAAGAGGCGUAAAGUUAGAUCUCUGGAAGUAGUAACAGAUGUCAAAGACACCCGGCUUACAAGUUCAUUUGUGUGAAAACGUGGAUUGCUGCGUACGACUGCGCUAUUCGCUGACACGAAGACUGUAAUAAUGCAACAACCAACGCCAACUACUGACUACGCAAACGCCACGUCUGGCUAGGCUGGACUCAUUUAUACUAGUGGAUGCAUUUGCAUAGACUUGAGUUCAGCUUUAAAGGCUGUGAAGAUCGACCCUGGCCUUCGCCCGACCGAAGUAUUCCGCCUGGAGCUGCAGCGAUGAACACAAAAUCCAGGAUGUGCAGAGCCGUUGUCCUGACAUUACCCGUUUUUGAGGCAGAGGUGUGUGCUGCCUAUAAUGCCAGAGCACGAAAGCUCAGCCAUGCAUACUCCAAAUAUCCUUGAAGAACACUAAAGUUAAGUUAGCAGAAAUGAAUUCCAGACACUGAAAUCCUGGAAAGAACCGCCGUCCUCUGUGUCCGCUGUAUGUCGAGGCAGAUAAAGCUGCGACAGAGCGUUAACAUCUUGAAGAUGGAUGAAAACCGCCAGCCUAAACGAUUAUUCUACGGCGGCGCCGCUAUGGCUGCUCGCUAACAAGAUGGAAAAAAACGCCGAUACAAGAAAACUUCGAAUUCCUGUCCCAUUCACCUGAAAAUCGGCCCGGAAACCUGAGAAGGCAGCAUUCAAUAUCGAAGGACGUGGUUCACUGUCGUAACGACUGGAGCAGAUAUUUUUGAGGUCAAUCGCACAGCUGGUGCAAAAGAAAUGCGAGAUCCCCGCAGGACUAAAGGGUCACCGAUCAGUGAUCUAAGCGCCAACCUCGCCAUUGAGUAAACGCUGUCAAUGGAAAUUCCGAGCAAGGAUCCAUAUCGUUUAACAUUUUCGGAACCAACCAAAAACGUCCAAUAUAUCCUUUAACUGGCAAAAUAUCACCACUACCGGCACAAAUAACAUCGCCAGUGAGGACAACAGCAUUCUGCAAAAAGCACCAUCGUUGCCCCAACCAUAAACAGUGUUGACUCAGUUUCAGCCUGUCCCACAUGCAACUGCACAUUUAAAUCACACUUCAACCUGUUUGGUCACUUGCAAAUCUACCACUUUUUGACUGGCGAACAAUUGUCAGAGCCCUCAUCAGUCAUCUGUCGCUCCUGCCGUGCCUCUUCCCAAUGCCCGUGACGUUCAGAUGCGAAUGGGUUUAUCCGGCAAGGAUCGCAGCCAUGGAAAUUUUCCGUGGGAAAUGCACUCCAGAUCCAGUCAAUAAUCUCAUCCUACCCGCCAAGCAUACAUACAAAUUUUUAACCAUUUAUGAAUCUACGGCAAAACGCGAACCCACGCGCCACAAUGCGUUCCUCUAUACAGCAGUCGUGCAAUUUGCCUUGCCACCGUUGAUACUUCGGGGGAAACGUCCUAGAUGUUUAUAGUCAGUGCCUGAAAUCAUGAAACGCCAAACAAAAUUCCGAAAUUCUUUUUCGACCGGAAGGACUGCCUAAGUGGAGCAACGUAAUUCCGUGGUAUUUCAGACACGCUGAGGGUUGGCAUUUGAAUGCAGUUCAUUUUGGCCGCCUGAAAAAUCCGCACUUGUUAAAAAUUUCUACUUAAUUAAUGGGACAUUUAUUCACUGAUUUUGAUGCCUUUGUAAAUUCCAUCAUAUUUUACAGAAAAAGUAAAAAAACACUAUUUUCUAAAUUCUUUUGUUUGGACAUUAUGUCUUCUCCUGCAUUCAUACCUGAAAAAAGGGUGCUUUUGACUUUGAAGCGGUUUCUACCCAAGAAAUUUAUUGAAACCUAUAAUGUUGAAUUAAAUAGUAUCGUAUUUGAGUUUUUCAUAGUAUUUCCCAUUAAUUAUGCAACACAGUUAAACCCAUCGUGUAAUCUUAUGAGACCUACAUGGACGUUUUGCAAUAGCAUAAAGAAACGCUUGUUUUGUCUAAACGAGAAGUAUACAUUUUAUGGUCUGAAAAACCUAAAAAAUGGCAACAGAAUAUCGAAUGUAAAAUGAUUCAGAAAUAUGAAAAACGCUUAAAGCAAAAGGAUACCCUUUCUUAAAUUAUGAAUUCAAGAUCAAACAUGAUUUCCUACCAAAUAACUAUUAAAAAUAAUGUUUUUUAUACAUUUUCUGUACAAUUUAUUAAACAUGGCUAAGGUAUUAAAAAUCGGUGAAGAAAGCCCAUGGUCAGCUUUUGCCGGGUGCGGAAUUUUCAGGCGACCGAAAAUACAUGCAUAUAAAUCCAACACCCUGGCGCUCUAUAGGAUUAUGUCGCCCAACUUAAGUAAUCCCUUUUAAUCGGAAAUUUUGUUUAACAUUUCAUAAUUUCGGUCACUGACUGUACAUGCACAUCUCAUCCAGUCAGUGGGCACGUCCUUUAAUGCAGUUUUGCCCACGUAAUGCCUACCAGAGCGCGUGUUUUUCGCGUGGAUGGGUCGUUUAACCUUGCUAGCCAUUUCGCACGCGCCCAAUUCCGGUCAUCUUGACAUCAUCUAGUCAUCAAUGCAAAGUGGAUGAGGCGAUAAAUUGUGCGGUAGAUGCUGCGGACUUGUGCCCAGCCGGGGCUGUAUCUACUCUGUGGAGCACGCGAUGAAUGCCCGUUGUUUUUUGAAGUAAACGUCUGUGUUCGCGUUGUAGUCGGUCAAGCCGCAAACCAGAGGAUUUUAGGGUUUUCAACAAAAAGGACUUACUCUUAUACUAUGGGACAUAAGGCAAAGACGGCACGCCGUGCCAUAGAUACAUUAGGUGAGCUUACUCAUGAAAUGUCAUCCGAAAUUCCGAAAUGCGUUUUCGUCUCGAAAAGAUUUCUAAAGUAGUGUUGUAAAACUAGUCAGCCUGAAACAUAAUUCUAUAAUAUUUCAGCUACCUCAGGAUGCGAGCUUUCUAAUGAGCUUCCUUUCGAUUGAAUGCAAAAACUACACUCUGUAAAAAACGACUACAUAAGUUGCAUAAGGUUGUCUCAUUGAUUUUCAGUGCCCUAAAAGUCCAAUUAUGUUUCGUGGAAAACAUGCAUAAAAAUAUUCAUUCUUUUGCACAGUCGGUAGUUAGUUACGUCUUCUUCUAAUUUUAUACUUGAAGGAGAGACAUAAUUCGGUUUUCAAAAAGUUUAUAAUUGUGGGACUUUAAAUACCGUGAAAUGGCCGUUCAUAAAUCGUCAUGUUUCUGUAUCUACCAAUGUGGCUGGUAAAGUUAACAAUAUGAAUCAGCUUCACUGUUAAAUCUUAUGAACCCUAUAUGACCCCUCUUUGUUAUUGUAGAGAAAUGCGUGGUCUUCCGUAAGCGGAAAAUAUACGACCUGUAAUUUUAAAAUCCUGAAUCCGCGUGCGAAGGUAGAGCGGGUUCAAAAAUUAUUCGGGAAUUAGAAAUGUUUUUAAAAACCAAAUUAUACUUUUCUUUCAUGCAUACAAUUGAAAAAAAAGAGUUUAUUUAAUACCGAAUAAGCAAAAAUGAAUAUUUUUAUGUACGUUUUCCAUGAAAUUUAAUUGAAUUUUUAAGAGCAUCAAAAAUCAAGGAGAAAGAUGCAUACUUUCUAGGUAAUCAUUUUUGUAGAGCAUAGUUUUUGCAUGCAACCAUGAAGAUAUUCGUUCGAAAGCCAACAUCGUGUGGUAUCUGAAAAAUUGUAGAAUUACGCUGCUUGAUAAUUUGUUUUACAACACUAUUUAAUUAAUAUUUUCUGAACAAAAACCUAUUUCAGAAUUUAAGUUGACAUUCCGUGAGCUAACAAACUUAUUGUACAUCAUCUUUUGAAAAUUACACGCUUUUUACAUGAGUAUGGGGAUGUAGAUCCAUGCACAAGUCAUGUCGCCAUUGACGAGUUAGUACAAUUUCCCGGAGCUGCCUUCGUCAAAUUCCAGCAGGAACGCUCGGGCCGAACGCACACGUAGUCGCUUUCCAUGGCCAAACAGAUCAGAGGAGGCCCAUACUGUGAACUUCUUGGAUAAACAAAAUGGUCAUACAGGAAUUUUUUUAAUGCAGGGACGCUGAGUAUAAAUGUUUUGUGAAACUGAUUGUUUAAGCCGUUCCUAAGUUUUGCCUCAAAGGUGGCCACAAUCUCCUUGUGAACGGCAUUCGUAGGAAAUUUGGAGUAUGAAGUUAUCAGGGCUUAAGUUUUGGACAGUUAUUAACACACGGCACUUCAAAUGAAAUCUUAAUUGACAAGGCAUUUUCUGGUACUUUAGGGACUUCGAAAUCCCUGAGUUCGCAAUUAAAUGUGUACAAACAAAUCUACUGUAGGUUAGCCGUCGCGUUGAUCGAAUGUCGGCGAGACUCGCAUGCGAUCGGACUUUUUAUCACUCCCACCCAGCAGGAGAAGACUACCUUUUAAAGCAUCGUUGAAAUGUGCAGCCAUAAUAAAAACCAGUAAAGUCCUCGUUUAGCAAUAACAAAAGCAAAGCUGCCGUUAUCUUUGCAUUUUCAUACCUAUUACUAGACCUGCGACAUCCUAACAGGGAUGUGAGUAGAAAACCAACUUGUAAUCACGGCCCAUAUGGUGGUUGCAAGAGAAUCUGCACAUUCAACCUGAUGCUCACCCAAAUUUUGACCUCGACCUUCUUUGUACAGGAAUGCUCGAUGCAACUUCUGAGACAGUUUGCCAAAAAAUAUAAAAACACUAUGUUUUCUUAAAGGUCAUGCCGUUUUACUUACGCGAGUCAUGUACUACUUCCCAUUGGGUAUACCUAAUAGAAAAUUAAAGGUAACGUAGCGAUUUUAACUUCAAGAUACAUGAGAAUAUUGGUCUUUUUUGAGCAGAUCCCCAGAAACAUGGAACUGAAAAUUGUCAAUCAAAAACAAUCAUCUACUGGCAAUACUAGUUCAAGAUUUUUCCUAUUGUGAUCGCGAAAUAUGUAGGACAUCAUCAGGAUUUUAACUAACAACAGUGCUGUUUCAGUCCACGAUUAAGAAUAUUCAACAGCUUUGAAAAGAUCCCAUUUUACUUGGAUGAUGAAAUGUAUCACUUUGUAUAUUGUUCUCUUUUAGCACAAAUAUCCUGUAUUUUGGCCUGCAAUUAAGGCUACAGGGGAACCGAUGACCUUCGGGACGAUUACCGUCGAAUUAUUGGACACCAUAUCUGAAACAGAAAAGGGCCUUGGAGCUUUUUUGUUCACCGUCAAGAAAAAAGGCGCUUCUGCAUUCAGUCCGGUAUUUUUUGUUGUCUUUGUCUACUGAAAAUACCAUAUUCAGUUGUAUAACCAGCUUAGAAACUCUUGCUUGUGUUGUGGACUCAAAUAGGUAGACUGAGAGUAAUCUGACACAAAUGUGAUUAAACUCACGAUUCCCGGUGUGGCUUCGUAGCUUAUGUGCCCAGGGCCUUCCCCUGCUGUUGUGAGUUAGAAUCCCACCGAGGCACCGAGUUUUUCACGAUUGACUCAAAUAACCAAAUAAGCAUGCCAAUGUUUACCAAAACUGACACCCGCAAAAGCAGGUUUGAUAAGGAAAGUUACCUAACUAAACAACUUAAACAUAAAUCCAAAUUUUAGCUUAGCCUAUAAACUCCCAAUUUAUUUACCAGGUAGUACUUUGCAUCACAUCUUAUGAACUAACUCAUAACCUGGCCGACUGGUCUGUCAGAAAACGGUACGGUCCUUGGCAUUUGGCACUUAGAUUUGACUCAAUAGACAUCAAUCAAAUUUGCUGCAACAAAACCCGAAUACAUGUCUCGUUUAUUUUAUACAUUCUCACAACAAAACUGAUGGAAGUUGGUUCAUCACUUCAACUUAAUUCGAGAGAUUUGCAGUUUGAAAAAGAGGGGGUUGUGCUUUAAACCACUAAUUUGCAACUUACUAGGUACUUGAACCGAAAACAGGUUUUUGAGGUUAGAAAAACUCUUGACCAGCGGCAGCAUUCAGCUUCCGCCAUAUAAUCUUGUAGCGUACCAUCCAAAAAUAAGUGAUGUUGAUAGCAGUUUUACUGUAACACUUCAAACAUAGAUACCGGCUAGAGCACGCCAACUGUUUUCGCCAAUAUCCCUACUGCUGUUGUGGGGUACAGGUACAAGAAUUUGGUUUCCCAAUGUUAGCUUUGGCGUCGCGGAUGUAAUUACAGGCAUAUAUUCCGUUUAAACUGAUAACUUUAUAAUAUUUUUUCCAAUAAUUUUUAACCUUGUACUAACCUGUCAGAACCGUAAUUUCUAGAUUGCGCCCUAAGUUUGAUGUGUGCUACGGAUUUUAUAUCAGACAACUUUAUUGCAUACACCCACAAUUUACAUCUGGCUACUAGCACUAGAAGUGUAUAUGUGCCAUCUCGCGAAAUGUCAACCGAAAUUCUGACAUGUGCUCUCAGUCCGAAAAGACUACCUAAGUGGGGUUGUCGUAAUAAUUAUAUUGCAGGAUAAUCAUAAAAUAUUUCAGUCAGCUCAGACCGUUAGUUGUUGAAUUAGGUUUUUCUUGGUCGUCUGAAAAACUUCAUUCUGUAAAGACCAGUUAUUUAGGCACUAGGAACUCCCCAUUUUUUCCGAUGUCAAUAUAAAUGCAGUUAUAUUGUGAAUAAAACGUGCACAAAAAUGUAUGCUUUUGGACUCGUGAGGAAUAGAAUGUUCAUGCAUAUUUUCCAUAGCAUAUAAAAAAAUGCAUAAGAACAUCGAAAAUAAUGGGACGUUUUCAAGCUACAUGGGUAGUUACAUUUAACAAAUAUCAUUUUAUGAACGGCCGAAAUGAGGCUCAUUCAAAAGCUGACAUCACAGCGUAACUAAGCGAUCUAGUGAUUAUACUGCGAGGUUAGUAUUCUUACGACCAUACUUACAAAUCUUUCUUACUCGAUGACAUUUUGGAAUUUCGGUUAACAUUUCGUGAGCUAAGUAUUUCGAAUAUUGCUGCCAACUGCAUUAUACAGACGAUAAAGAGGAAAAAGGUCAAGCGGCGAUAAACGUUUUUAAAAAGUCUGAAUACAUAAGAUGAUACCAGCGCCGAGUUUUCAUAAAAUAUUUGGAAUUUCGAUAAAUAGUGACAUUUAAUCACUGGUGGGUAUGACGUCAGUAGAAGAAAGUUAUCCUAUAUUUUUAAGGUAGCAGAUAUAGUAGCAUUUGCUAAAAUGUUUUGCCGGUUUCCGAUAAAUUGUGGUUAUGUUUUUUGUCGGCCCUUUCAUAUAUGCAGGAUGAGGAAUUGUAAAAUGUCUUGACCUCUGAGAAGGCUUUUGGGAUAUGAAGGCUGGUAGACAAAAUAUCCGCAUUUUAUUCAAGCAACUAAUAUACUCAAUAUUUUUCGAUCGCUGCCUUGGAUUUUGAAGUGGCAUGAUACAAUUAGAAACCUUUACAAGAUAAUGCCAAUCAUGGCAUAAACUUUGGCUCCAAAUUUAGGUCUGGUACACUAAUGUUUUUUCGAUGUUGGAUGCAUUUUUUUAUUUAAUUAGAGUCAUUACUAAAGUCGUUCAGUAUAUGUUAGUGUCCAAAGACACAACGUCUAAAGAAUGCUCUAUCAAACAUAGCAGUUUGAUAACAGUCUUUCUUUAAUUUGACAUUAUACGACUGGAGGAAAUAAAAGCAUAAUGAAAUAGAACAAAGCGAAAUAGAACGAAACAGAACACAGCACCCUCCUGUCACUGUAUAUACCCGACUGUAAUCAACAGGACAAUGAACCUGCAACUGGAUGGCAAAGACGGUGGGUCACUAACUAAACAGGUGACGAGCUUGUGCCUCAGGAGUCCCAAGAACGUGGGGUUCGGUACGACUGGCUAAUGACGGCUAAUAAUCCAGAAAUGACCAUUUUUAUCUCCCUUGUUUUCGUUGCUAAUUUUACUUCCUAUAAUACUAGUUGCUGUCCUAGUGUUGGCGGGGCUCGAGAAGGAAUACCUAAUCAAAAAGCGGUACGUGUGUCCCAUAACGCGAUCGGUGAGCGCCCCUUCGCCACAAAGUAGAAACUGCCAAAUUAUGGUGGAGAAAAUAAAAGGUUUUGUCCUAUUGCCGGGCCCGCAAAAUAAGAUCACUGCCAGAGCUGAAGUCAGCGAAAACGUCAACACGAGUCCUCUUGUACUUUAGUCCCACGGGUUGCGUAGGAGAUUAAUAGAUACAGUGUAAUUUGCACCCUUUAAUCUCGAACAUUCUAAACCAUCUAUUGUUAGUCUACCACGCCUGAAAACCAGCUUACCUAAUAGAUAGAAGCUCCCAAAAUCCACUCAAAGCAAAGAGUCGGUUAUUGUUGUUAAAAACGCAACUUUUUUGGUCCUCUUAUUCUUACAUAUUAUAUAAGAGCUUAAAACGCAGCCAAGUUCAGCAUACGACCUAUGCAGAUCCUGGUUUACAGCCCAUAUAUGUGCCUUACGAUGCUUCUGCUGCUAGAUCAUGCGACUUUGAAAGGUUUUACAAGCCAGCAGAUUACACAGCGUCAACUUUUUAGCUUCUGGAAAACAAAUUACGGAUUAACAUGGGGUUUAUUUUGCAGGUUACUAUGGGAGAACUUAGGGUUAAGUAACGGGGAGUUUAGUGCGAGUAAUGUUGUUUAAAUUACGGCAAAAGUCACAGUCGCAUUACACUAGACUACCAGUAGUGCUCGUUGGUUUCGAAAUAACCGUCACGUGAUUACUUUCCAGAAGUCGGUUUUAUUUGACCUAAACGUACUUUAGAAUUCUGAAGCUGACCCUAAAAGUUAAUUCUCUUGCACAUAAUUCUUAGUCAUUCUUUUAAUAAGUUUCCACAGUAUUAGCUGCAUAUGCAUAUACAUUUUUGUUUGUAUUUGUAUGUGCACGCAACGUUUCAGCGAUUGUAAAUUCGAUUUCUGAUUUCUCUUAAUUUAUGACGCAAGACCGCUUCCGAAAGACCAUAACUAACCACUCCUCAAAUUAAAGUAAAUUAUACUCUCCAAAAUUGUCAGCGUAGGUGUAAUAAACGAUGGAAAAUUGUUGCCGGACUUCAUACCAGCCGUCUAAAUGGUUUGUAAUUAUGUGGAAGAAUUGGUCGGCAAACUUACUUAAUAAGAGAACAGACGCCGACGCCACUUUUGUCCCUGAAAUAUUCUUUAUUUUUUGUAUGUUCGCAAUCGAGUCCCACUACCGCGACUAAAAUGUAAACCGGAGCAGUCGCCUCUAACUUUGUCGCUUUGAUUAAUCAGUAAACGGCACUUUAAUAUAGCUUUCAGAUUCCCAUUUGCAUCGCUCAGCACAUAGGUCUUGGCUUAAUUUCUGUACUUCGGCAUAAGUGAUCAGAUGGGUUUGUGGUUUACCAUAAAUCAAGCGUGUCUUAUAGUUUAAUCACAGUCGAGGAAACAUUUGUUUGCAUAUUAGGCAGUAUAAACCUCUUCAGAAGCCCACACUUCCUUUUUUAUCUUGAAGACUUAAAAUAUGUAAAAAACGUAAGGGUGUAUAUGGUGAUAGCUAAAUACUACACGACACCGUUGUUAACCCCUCGAAUUAACAUUUUCGUUGGCUACAGCUGUUCAAGGUAUCGUAUGGGCAAAAUGGACUUCAUGUGGGAUUUCAAGGAUAAAAACGCCAAGGCUCAGUUUACUGUACGGGAAAUUUAGCCGUCAUAUUAUGCCUAUGAAGGUAACAUUACAAAUUCCCUGCACAGUUGUUACUUUGAUUAUCCGUUCCGCAAACAGAGGCUAAAGUUGUAUCUUAUGGGCGAAAUUGCCUUUUUCCUGUCAAAACUUCGGAAUUUCGCCGAACCUCCGCCUCCCCGAAGUAAUACAUAUCAUUAUGUCAAGUUAUCUUUCCUUAUUAGAUGGUUGUUUUUUGUUUCAGUUUAUUUCUAGCAGAAAAGAAAACGUAAAGCGCGAUUUGGUCUUACUACAUUGUCUGACUUGGCCGAACGAAGCGCAGCAGCCGAAGUCUUGUGACGCUCUCGUAAGACUGGCAUACCUUGCGCGUGAAUGGAACGCUGUAUCUGACGCGACAAAUCCCAUUCUCGUUGUAAGCAAGUACGUGAAUUAUUCUUCAAGUAUACCUAACAACAGUCAAGGAGAUCUAUGUUAGGGCUUCCAGCUGCAUGGUUAAUUGGACGAAUAUCUUUUCAUUUUUUAAGUGACGGUGUUUCUCGGAGUGGUGUCUUCUGUUCAAUAAGCAUCUGCAUGGACAGAUUGCUUUCCGAAUCAGAAGUUGAUGUGUUUCGUGCGGUAGAGACUGUGAAGCGGAAUCGACCUCAACUAGUGGAGAAUGUGGUAUGUUAAGUUGCAUUAUCCAAGAGUUCCUGUGCCGUGCUCGGCCAUUAGACAUGCUACCCUCUUUUGAAAAUUGAGAUUUUCUGCUGUCAUAAAAUUACGGACCCGCCCACUUUUCACUUCAAGCAGCAAGCAGCGUUAGACGCAAUUUCGCUGACUGGGCUAACACCGAUGAAAUAAUUAAGUACAAACCAAUUUAUUCGAACCCAUUAGUUUCCAUGACAGUAAAUGGCUAGCUGCUUCAAAUAUGUAUGUUUUACAGUUGGACAUCGCUUAGUGAGAUGUCUUUCAAGACUAUGUGGUUCGAUCGCUUUGUCUUUUUUUAUGCAAGUUUAUCUGCCAAAUGUCUAUUUUCGCAGUAUCUAUAGCAAAGUUCCGAUUACGUACUGGUCAGGAUAUCCAUUAGCCGUAGUUCCCGAUGGUUUCAAACUUUGUUAUAAAACAUCAAGCUCAUAAAGAUCUUGGUCCGUCUUUGUCUUUUGUACAUUUAUCCUUGGUAUAUGGCAGAUCACAAGACGAUGUCGAUCAUCCCAAGUAUGACCGUUGCUCCCGUUAGGUUACUGUUAAAAACGCUCAGAGCUUAACUGUAGCACUUCAUUCGAUUUGUGAGUUUCCUGUUUUUCUCUGCAGUCCGUGCCCUAUAAAUGCAAGGCGUACGCAUAAUGACUUAGAUUGAAGGCCAAUUCUACUCCUUUUAGUGAAGGCAAUGUAGACCUCUUACUAAGCAGAGACGGAAUUAAAGGACUGACCUAUACUUUACGUCUUUGUACCUUUGGAGACUUAUACUGCACACCCACAAUUCCGCAAAAGAGAGGACGGAACUUGACUUUUAGUCCUUUGUUGCUUUUAUCGGAUGUCCCCAUCCCAUUAAAUUUGCAUUUAAAGGAUCGAAUGAUCAAGAUAUUAUUGCAGUUUUCCGGGGGACCAGAGCUCGCUGUUAUGGGGAAUGCACAAGUUUGCUGUUGUACUUUUACAAAUCAGAAAGAUUUUUAAAACCACUUUUUGCUCAUAGAGUCUACAUAUCUUAGAGAGGGGAACUGCAAACUUUCUGACUAACAAUACAAUUGCGGCCAAGAAUCAUGCUAUCCGCAAAUUACCAGUAGUCUGUUCAACAGUUGGCGGUUGCGCAUAUCAAACAUUGUAAGUUUGCUUUAGUAACAUCAGUAGAAUUCGUGCCACAGAAAUUGUACUUAUGAUUAAGUCAAGCGUAGUGUUAUAUUGCAAACACGAGAGAUCUGAUGAAGGGAAUGGUUAUUUGACUUUUUGUUCAAGAAGUUUAACCAACAUUUUAGGAGACACAAAGUAUAUCGUUUGAGUUCUAACCUGCCUUUGCUAAAUACCCGCAAUGCCUGCAGAGCCAAUUAAAGGAAGACUUUACUGUGCUUGGUCUAACUGGAUAAUCUAGAAAUCUUCCACAAGGCAAUCAAGCAGAAAGCUUUCGCACAAUAGCCAACUUUUCACAAAGUUCUCCGUGCUCAGUUACCAACUAUGCCAAACGUACUAUCUAUCGGGCUAGAUUGUGAUUUAUUCAUGCUUUUGUACUCGAUCCGGUUGUAACCGCGUCUCGUUUAGUUCAGCCCAAGUUAUUGCAGCUUUACUGUCAAAACCCGAAGCGCUGCAGCAGCGGGCUCACUGAGCUCGAUCCUAUCUUUUCUUCAGUAUAAUAGGUCUAAGUGUUAACUCGAAGUCUUGAAAAAUUUUGUCAUCAUGUUUUAGCUCAUUUUUUUUCACCUCCACUUAGGUGACAGCGCCGAAUUUGAAAUAACGACAGUAUAAGAAUAUAACCAAAAACACAUAGAUAGUCAAAAGAAGAGGAGGCGUUCACUUGAUAUGCCACCCGGGAAUCGCAUUUUCACCAUUAUAGACACAUAGAAUGAUUUAACCUUCACAGAUUGCAUUGAGCAAAUGUGUUCUGUAAAGACGUUUCGGUGUAAUUAUGAAAUCCAGGUAUCCUCAGGGUCGCUUGAGAGUCCUGGACAAACCUUUCCAACCACAUCCGACGUAGGAUAAUUCAAGAGCACGUAUGAUAUUGGACCACUAGUGGGAAAAUAUUUUUAUUUAAUUAUUCGUUCAUGUGUCAAACGUUAUUAGACGUAAGACGUUAUUAGGACUCAAAGGCAGGAUGACAAUGCCUCAAGCUUAAUUAGAAGCCACAAGUAUGCUGCUGGAAGAAACGCUAUGCCCUUUAAAUUCAGUUCAACCCAAUUAGUGGCGCAAUUAAAUGGGACGGACUCUAUGAUCCAUUCUCUUUUAAUCGAUCUUCCGGAUACCUAGUUAUACUAAAGAAAGGAUUUCCGUGAGCAUAAAAUUGACCAGAUAUGCACCCAUAGCCAUUAACGUCAUCAGAACCGCCUUUAAUGCUCAUUUGCCACAGGAGAUUGCGACUAAAAGACCUAAACCUCGGACAGUGUGGGUUGCUGUUGGUUUUGGAGGAUUUAUGAAAUACGCACUACGAGUAUGUUUCCAUAUGUUAGUGCCUAGUCGGGAUCUUGGUUUCUCAGGCAUCACUGGGGAAUCAAGAGUACUCUGGAAAUGUCUGAUAAGUAAUAUGCAAAACCGUAAACCUUAAGGUUAAUAUGGUCAUUUCGAGAUGGUUUUUAGCUGUCCCUCUUGAUUGUUUGUUAAAUCAGAAAAAAGGCUUUUCGAGCCCCAUAAAAAAAGAUCUCGACUGCGCGUAAUUUGCGCAAUCGGAACGUUAGACCGUUAACCCAAAUAUUGUUCAUGCCAGGAGGAACGCAGCCAUUUCAGUAGACCUUGUGUUUAAGUCAUCCCAGGAUUGCGCACCUCUAUUAACACAGUGGUUUUAGUUCUACUUUACGAAUGUCGAUAAGCUACUCGGCCGUGGGGUAUGCGGGACGUUUGGACGGCUCGCAAGGCCGCGGAUAUCCAAGGGUACGCAAACCGCAAUGAAUAUAAUUUCUUCUCCGCGGUCUAGGCUGUCUACAGCCGGCCAACCAAAGGAAGUGAACAUCUUCUCAGCGCCGACGCCAGUACCAUACUCACCGAGAAAACACAAAUGCUUCAGAGGCGUUCUCAACCGCACCACCACCAUCUCCGACGCCGCCAUCGUCUGUUUGACUCAAGUGAAUCCCAACGCUGACCUCGACCUUCCGCCCUCCCUACACGAAAACAUCAGGUCGUGCAGCAGCUCUCCAGCGGGAAAACGCCCGGAUUGGACGCGAUCUCUGCUGAGAUCUAUAAGCACGGCAGCCUCCAACUCAUGGAUCAUCUGACCCUGCUCUUCAAAGAGAUGUGACGUUAAGGAGAAGUCCCGCAGGAUUUCAACAACGCCAAAAUCGUCCACCUCUACAAACGGAAAGGGAACCGCCAAAUCUGCGACAACCACCGAGGCAUUUACCUGCUGGACAUCGCUGAGAAGAUCCUCGCUCGCAUCCUCUUCAACCGCCUGAGAAAACAUUAGGAGCGGGAUCUUUUGUCGAAAGCCAGUGCGGCUUCCGCCUUCAUCGUUGUACCAACGACACGAUCUUCGUCGCCCUCCAGCGGCAGGAGAGGUGUCAGGAAAUGUUGGCUCAACUUUACUCAACCUUCUUGGAUCUGACGAAAGCCUUCGACACAGUGAAUCGUGAAAGACUGUGGAGAAGCAUGCAGAAAUUUGGAUUUCCCGAACGAUUCACUCAGAUGGUGCGUCAGCUCCACGAUGACAUGAUGGCGCGAGUCACGGACAAUGGAGCUGUCUCUGAAGCAUUUUCACUGAUCAACGAAUUGGAGCAGGACUGCGUCAUCGGGCCUACCCUCUUCGGUCUCCUGUUCUCUGCCAUGCUAAUGGACGCCUACCGUAACGAAUGACCAGGAAUCCGCGCCGCCUAUAGUACGGACGGCCAACUGCUCAAUCGUCGGAGGAUGCGCUUUCAACUGCGCGUCUUCCCUAACCACUGUCCAGGAACUUCUGUCCGCCGAUAACUGCGCCCUCAAUGCAACUACUGAAGGAGACAUGUAAAGGAGCAUGAAUCUGUUCUCCGUCACCUGAAAAAACUUCGGCCUGAUCACCAACUCGGAAAAGGCGGUGUUCGUGGAUCAGCCACCUCCCAAAACUGCUCGCAAUUUGCCGCAAAUAGGCGUAAACGAAACCCAACUGCGAGUGAUGAACGACUUCACAUAUAUGGGCAGCAUUCUCUCCCGCAGAACUAAAACUGACGAUGAAGUGACUCGUUGGAUUUUCAAGGUCAGUCUUGCAUUUGCUAGUCUUCAUAAUACAAUUUGGACACGUUAUGGUCUUCUACUCAGCAAGAAAAUGAAGAUGUACAGGGCCGUCGUCCUACGACGUUGCUGUAUGGAGCUGAGACCUUGCCGGUGUACAUGAAGCAGGCACGCCGACUCAACCACGUCCAUCUUUUUUGUCUUCUUCAAAUACUGAAGCUAAGUUGGCAGGACCGAAUCUCAGACAAGGGCUUACUGGAACGGACGGGAAUCCUUAACAUCCACGAUAUGCUGAGAUAGAUAAAACUACUCUGGAGCGGCCACCUCGUACGGAUGGACAACAAGAGGCUACCCAAACGAUUUUUCUCUGGAGAUUUCGCGACGGGUUCAUUCCGACAGGGGAGCCAAGUCCGACGCUACAAGGAUACUCCGAAAACCUCCCUGAAGUGCCUACAGAUAAACCCGGCCAACUGGGAAGACCUCGUCCGGGACCGAGCUACGUGGAGGAGAACAGUGAAGAUAGGCGCGGCAAUCUCCUAAGCCAACCGCAUCUCCGCCACCAAAGCCAAGCGCGGGACAUGCAAAGCUCAACUGCCACCGACGCCUCACAAUGCCAACGCCCAACCGCCUCCAAGGUGCCACAAUGUAGACGGACACUCCGGGCGCCAACUGGGCUUGUCGUACACCUCCGGACCAACUGCAGCGCCCGGACUGCACCAACCGUCGUCGUUCCGUUCCCCUCUCCCUCGUCUCUCGUGCUAUCAAAAUAACGUUGAUCGCCCUCCCGAACCACCACUACCAUCAUUCUCCUCCUCCUCCGCCGCCGCAACGUCCGCCGCUGUGGCGUCUGCCGUGCCCAUCAACACUGCACAUAAUCCCGACACACCAACAAACACCACCACCACCACCACCACCACCACCACCACCACCACCACCACCACCAACACCACCACCACCACCGUCAACACUAGUAAUGAGGACCUUGUCUAUACGUUUUCUCAUUGCGACUGCAUCUCCACCUCACACAUCAGCCUGGUGAUCACUUGCGAAUCCAUCGCACAGCAACUUGUGAAUCAGUGCCUGGAACCCUAG